AUGGAGCAGACCAGUCACCAGGAAGGAGUGGAGAUGGUAAGGAUGCUAUGGAUACAGAUUCCACUUGAUAUUCUCUUAGAAUGUUCUGUAUAAAGAAGGACAGAGACAGUGUUAGUGCUGUAUAGGGCUGAUUUUUUUCACAGAACAUGCUUAGCAUGAAAAAAUAAAAAUUACAAGCAUUAAUAGAUGUGUUGAGCAUACAAGAUAGUCUGUAAGGUACCAGGCACUCAUCAGAUCAUAUUAAUCACUUAUUUAUUCCUUUAUAGUUGAGCAUUCUUGGUCACAGUGGAGAGAACAAUUUACUUUUCAGUACAUUUAACCACUUAAAGACCAGGAGCAAAACUGUUGAAAAGUUUUGUUUUGCUUUUUUUGUAACAACUUUAGUGACUUCUCAUGUAACUGGAAAAGUAAUUCAGGACAAGACAGACGUGUUUUAUUUACACAAGUUGACUUCUGAAUAACUUUUCUGCAUUUUAAACAAAGAUUACUGAGCUUUAUUGAUGUAGAGCUCUUCACACCAACCAUUACUAAUCAUUAACUCAUUAGAUAAUUAUUACAAUUGUAUUAUUAUGAUGAUAAUCAUCAUUAUUAUUAUUAUUAUUGUAGUCUCAAACUACCCAGACAGUCUGUUUGGCCAUUUAUUACUUAUAUUGAAUUUUUAUUUUUCACACCUCACAAACACAUCUUUGUGAAAUACAGGAUCAAGGAAACAUAAGAUUAUAAUACCUAGGAUACUGAUAAAUCUAAUUUAAACUGCAAUGUUUCAUGUUUCAGGCAGGAUAUUUAAAGGAACACUCCAAGCAUCAUCACUACUACAGUGCACAGUGGUUAUAGUGCCAGGAGUGAGCAUUGUAAGUAGUCAGACUAUAUUAGACUGAUUUGACUUCUUACCUGAGGUUCACUGGUCAUCUCUCCCUAUCUUCUCUCUGUUGCCCAGAGAGCCAGAAAAUCAUGCAGUGCAGAGUCAGCUCAUUGGCUGAGGGCGUAAGCUGAUCAGACUAAGCCUUGCACUGCUGGACAGCGAUCUCCCUGGUUAAAUAGGAUCCAAGGAGAAAGCACACACAGGUCACAUGAUUAGUUAAUGGACAAUAAAAGAAGAUUAUCUAAAUAUAAAAAAAAAACUAUAAAUAAAAGCCACUGGAAAAAAAGAAUACCAUACCAUAACCAGGUAGCUAUACAGUCUACAAUUGGUUCUUUAAUAUUUUGGUUUAUUCUGAUAUAUAAGGGGCACUGUUAAACCAAAGACGAUUGGCACAUUGAGUCUCAGGCUAAUAAUUAAACAAUAUACUGUGAACAAUCAAAAAAAAACAAAACAUGAGAAACUGAUUAAAAAUCUGUAUUCCGGGAGGCAUUCUAUCAUAAAACAGAGAAAUAAAGCAAAAACGCCAAUAUUAAUCUGCCUCAAAUUCAUAACUUCCGUACAGAAUGCUGGAGAUUUUUCUUAUUUUAUUGGAGCUACUGAGAAAGUUCAAAAUGAAAAGACGAGCAACUAAAAAUGUUAGAUCAAUAACAUUAAGUUGACUUAAAUGGCGUGACUGUGAUAAGCAUUAGACAAACAAUAGUGAAUUGGUGUUUCCAUUCCUUUCUAAAUUUUAUUUUCUUCCUCAGGAUAAUAUCUUCGGCAGUUCUAUCCAAGCGGCUGGGCUCUUUGUGAUUGGAAUCAGCAUUAUCUUAUUAAUCCUGUAUGUGUUACAAGGGAGGCAAUUGGGUGAGUCCUUGUGCUGCUUUACAUCUGCUGCCUACUCCAUUACAUUCACAGUGCCAAAGAAAUUGUGAUAACUUGCAUUAUUUUCUACUUUAUUAUUGUUAUCCAACUUUAUAAUUAUACAUCCUCACUGUAGGGUUAUAUCCAGUUUUAGUAGGGAAGCGUCACUUAACAGUAAUAGCUAGUAAUGAUGCCAGAACAAUCCAAAACUGGUUGAAUAGACUAUGUGAGAUAUGUCUUUAACCUACUCGAGUAGAAGGUAGCACAACUGUACAGACCAUUCAUCUGACUUUGACUUCCAGGAAAGUGCAUGCCUUUAACAUUAUGGAUCGCCACCAGAUGGACACUUUAUGUUGGUCCCCAGAUUACUGCUAUGAUUUAAUCACCCUGUGCCCAUUAUAGGUAAAAGGUGUGUAAUGUAUUUGUUUGUUGUUAUUCUCCUCCUCCCCUUUUCCAUGUUGUUUUCCCAGAAGGGUGUAUAGUAUUAUAUGUGUUUUUAGGUGUUUUCUUGUACUAUGGGAGAUAAUUGUGUUAGCGUAUCUGUGUGUAUAAAAGGUAAAACAGAAGGGAAGAUUAUUAGUUUAUUAUACAAUAGCUAUUGUACUAAGUAUCUUGGUGUCAGGCAGGUAAUUUAAUUAUGGACUCAACCUAAUUCUGUCUUAGACACCAAGACUCCAAGGAUUGUAUUGUUUUGUUUGAUGAUCCCCUGUUGUGAUUACUCCUAUACAAAACCUGUGGUUCAGUUAAAAAAAACAGUUCUACUUCACCCUUCACUAAUUCUAGGCUAGUGUUUGGGUGAGACAGCUAUACACUCUGCAGAAGAGAGUGAUCACUUGGUUCUGUAGCACAGGACCCUGUUCCAGGGUGGGAAACUCCGGAUAGAAUCCAAUCAAGCUGUGGCAACUAGCAGCUGAAAUGCUAAAUGUGUCCUGGUUAAAGCUAGAAAGUGUGCUUGGCGGAGGUACCCAGCCAGGGUACCAGGUGGUCCAUCACACACAUUACUUUCAGUAUUAUUGCUAUGGAGCUCUGUUAUACACUCGGAUACAGAAACAAUAUAGAGCUCCUUGAAAGGAGGAACAUUAUGAUAGAAAUGAGCCACAAUUGGAUUUGGGUCUAAAAUAGGAAUAGUCCAUCUCUAACAGGGACACUUGGAAUGUAGCCGUAUAUAUAUUGCACUAUCUCCAAGGCAAUCCCAAAACAGAACAUUCCUUUUACGUCUACAGCAUUUAUAUAAAAUAUUCAAAAAUAUUACAAAAUACAAACAUCCAUUGCACAUACACUUGAAUGCAUGUUAAACAGAAUAAUUAAACAGAGCCAUCUUGCUCCUAUUCCCAAGAAUGCCCUAACCUAGUGGUUUCCAAACCAGUCCUUAAGGCACUCAUACCAGUCCAGGAUUUAGGGAUAUUCCUGGACUGGUAGACGUGCCUUGAGGACUAGUUUGGAAACUACUGCUCUAAAAUAAACAUUGUGUUCAUUUUUGAUGUCUCAUAUAUCAUGGUUGUUAACAUAAUUGCUUGCUUAGUAUUUCACCACUACUUGCAUUUUAACACACUUGUCAUGUCAUUAUUGCCCACAGAGUCACCAUUAUCUGAUUCACAGAGGCUGCAGGCUCAGAAGAUCCCUCCAAAGGUGACUGUGUAUCAAUGGGCUCAGUCAGAGUUAUGAAUUGUCAGGAAUUGAAUUUAAAGUGAAUUUUAAUUGCCAGGACAAAAUAAACAAACAGAAAAAAAAAGAAAAAAGAAAGAAAAUGCAAAGAAUGCAGGCUACACAAGGGUUGCUACACAAAACUUAAACAAUUUAUUGUCAAAUGAGAUACAAUGCAUAGCGUUUUUGCUUAGUGACCUUAAUCAAGUACAUAGGGAGUAUGGGUCCCCCUGCUGGACAGAAGGAGCAGUUACUUUCAUAUUUUCAGAUAAUUUCUGUGUGCAGCUAUCUCUCUAGCUAUGUUUUAUCCCACCCCCCCGCCCCCCCAAAAAGCGCUAAAUUUUUUUCCGUUCACCUUUUUUGGCUUUUAAUUAAUUAUUUUUCAUUCUCUAAAAUUCACACUUACAGGAUUAUUUACUAAACGCUCAAUUUUUUCAAAUUCAAUCCACAUGUUAAAACCGAGGCAAAGUGUUGACUAUGGCUAAGAUGGGAAUUUAUUUCAUAUCCGCUAUUUUUGAUUCAAUGUUUCCAUUCGGUUAGCGAUGAUAGUUAUAUGCACACAUUUCUGUCAAUGCAACACAUGUAACUAUAUAUCAGCUGUGUUCUAGUCUUUCCUGUGCCUAUCAAGUAGAUAUGUGUGACAUGCUAACUGGCAUGUAUACUUCCUGAAUACGCAUAUAGUUGUCUGCAAUGUGUUGACAGCUGCAGGUUUAUGUAGCAGAUGGCUCAGUUUGCCUUGUUGACAGAUACCCAACAACAAAGCUGUUUGUUGAAUGUAUGUAAUGUUAAUUAAUAAGACAUGUCUCUCUGCUAUGGUUUAUGGACGUUUGUGUAUACAUGUUCCAUAUGGACAUCGUUAUAUGUGUUUUACACUGUGCAUGAGUGUCUAUUUUAAGUGUUUUCUGCAGUUAUCCUAAAAUCAUUGUGUGCAUGAAAGGUUACUCUGAUUUCUUAAUAUUCACAGGUUACAUUGGUAAACUUGGGAAUUGUGUAUUUGCUCUGCUGCUAUACUGCGAUUUCCGAUCAAUAGAUUGUAAUUAAUUAUUUGUCUUGUCUGCCUCCCCCCCAUUUUAAGAAGUUAAUCGGUUUAAGAAAGGUUUUACUUCUUAACUGGUUUUCUUCUGGCAGCUGCUUCCUACAUGCACUACGUCCACCAGAGAGCCACUGGCGGUGGUGGAAGUAGUGAAGGUGGGAAGUGAAUAAACAUUCAAAUAUAAAUACAUUUAGAAUAAAAGAAAAUAUCUAGCCUUUUCUAAAGAUAUGGGAAUAAUGUGCCAUUGUGUUUUUUUUUUCUCCAUGGCAGGUUCACUUUAAAGGAACUCGUAUUGGUAAAGAGGUAAGCUCUGUAACAAAUAUUCAAUGUUCUUCUUCUUUUCCAGCGGCACAUAUUGCUAAUCAUAUUGUGGUUAAAGAAACACUAUGGUCUUAAUGCAAAGCUGUACUCCUAACACAAUAGUGUCCUGUGCCUCCUCCUUCAGUGCUCUCGCGGCCAUGUAAAAAAUAAAAUAAAACCUUUAAACAGUUACCUGAUUCCAGAGCCAAUGUUCCUUAGCAGACAGGGACAGUGCAACCAGUGACAGGGAACAGGGACCGUGCACCCAGACCACUUUAAUGAGAUGAACUGGCCUGGGUGCCUAUAGUCUCUACUACAAUAAAUGUUUUUAGAAAUCAGUCUGUGUAAAUAAGAUACAUUGUUCUUGUUCUAAAUGACAUUUUAAUUGCAUAAAUUGUUUUAAGUAAGUCACCUAAAAUUUCUCAGAACAGCCCUGCCCCUAGCCACACCCCUAACAUUAAAGUGUCUCUCUGUCCAUUUGAAAUAUUGGAGGGUAUGUUUUGAGGGGAUGAAUCAUUUGCCUCCCUCACCAUCCAUCCAUCCCUCACCAUCCAGUUGUAGAAAAUUGAAAUCCGAAUAUGCAAAAUUGGGGCCAAAUCAGCUAAACUGUGACUACAAAUGAAUUGAAGCCAUUUUGUUGUAUAUUGAAUACCCUCCAUAUUGUUUAUAGAAGGAAGGGUGAACUAACUUGGCUAGACCUAGGGUACUAGAACAACAUUAAUGACAUAAUGUGCAGAUGGUCUUAUAUAGGACUGACUUAUCCAGUGUGUAUAUGCUAAUGCAAUUAUGGGUUUACAUAUGUCCUCAGAUGAUAAUUUAUAUGGGCACUUGGGUAUAAUUUUAGAUAUGUCUGAAACGUAUCCAGUAAAAGGAAUAUGCCAAGCACCAUAAUCUCUACAGCAUGCUGUAGUGGUUUUGGUGCCAGGAGUGCCCUGGUGCCCCCCAUUGAAAGUAGGUAAACCAUUAGAAUGACUUAACGUCUGAGCUGGGGUCUGCUCCUUCCUCUACUACCUGAGUCAGAGAUUCAGAAGCUCUCUGCAGAAGUCUCUAAAUGAAAAGCGUCUGCCUCUCUGGCUGGAGUAGAGGAGUAGGCUAGCAGCUCCCAGCAGACCCCAGGUAAGGAGACAAACUGAUCUUACUACCAUUAAAAUAUUUACAAUAAGACACCAUAAUCAGUAUAGUGGUAAUGGUGCUUGAAAUGUUCCUUUAAUAUACUCAUUCAAUUAGGACCAUAAAAACCUUCAGCUCCAGUCCAUUGAGGCCCUUAAUCUGGCUCUGCUUGAAGUGCCAAAGUUAGCCUUGGUACUGUAUAUAUUAAUUUGUGUUGUGAUUAACAGCUGGAGGUGCCCAUAUGUGCUAUAUGUCCAUUGAACAUAGGAGUGGCCUAUCUUUUCUUCAGACUCAUUAAACAUAGACCAUAUAAGCUCCAUAGUCAAAGGAGGGAUUUCUUGUGCUAGCUUGCUACUGUAGCAGAAUUCUCUAUGGCUCAGCCAGCUUGGGAAAAUGACUGCUCUGUUUGAAUGCUGUUUGUGGCACUGAGUGCUUUGCUGGCUGCUGUUCACAUGUUGUAUGUGGGGCACUUGCUGUGUCACUGGGAUCACUGUCUCUCUAUUUGUUUCCAGCUGAAGAAGAAGCGGAAAGUCUUGUGUGUUAAAAAGAGGUAAGCAUGGUUUGGAGUCAGGUGCAUGGGUACUGAAUUAUCGAUUAGACCGUGAUAUUAAUUGUGAACACUGGUUACCAGGAUUCGGAGAAGCCAGGUGGAAUCGCCUCCCAUACAUCACACCGACUGUUCUCCAUCUCCACUGCGUAGCCCUCCAGCAGAGCCGAUGACCCCAGCAUUGCCCCCUGAGGUGCUAUACAUGAUGAAGAGUGUUAGGUAAGGCUUGUUUUCUACAAAAAGAUUGAAUAAAUAUAUAAAUAGAAAUCCACAUACUUCCACCUGGAAUUCAAGUGUAAGCAGAAUUCGUUUUUGUAUGGAAUUUUGGGGAAUAUUGUUUGAAAGUGGCAGUACCAAGGUUUGAUAUUUCUGUGUUAAACCCUAUAUGUAUUGUCAGAGGAAGAGGGAGGUUGCCAGCAAAGCAGAUAGGGCAGGGGCGCAAAAGGGAGUAUAAUUAGAGAGAAGGGGGCCAUGUUAUAGAGGACCAGGAAGAUGGAGAUUACCAAUAACAUAUAGAUGUGUUAAUAUAUUUGUAAAUUUAUGUAUAUAUGUGUGUAUUUUUAUCUAUAGGUAUCCAACAUGCAAACUUACAUAUAUACAUACAUUUAUACAGACAUAACAUACAUACAGAAAUGUGAUUUUUAUAAUAAUAUUUUUGAGGUCCACCCAGCCUUCCAUGUCUUAUUGCCAGUGAGAAUUGGGAGGGAACCUCAUUGUUUGGGUCCAUUGGGUAGCUGAGAUUAAUCAUUGCACUUGUUGCAUAGAUGGGCUGCUCUGUCACUCAUGCAUUCUGCAUUGCUCUGUAUUGUAUGAAGAGCUGGAGCUGCUCAAAAUAUCUGUGCAGCGGCUGCAUUGAGUGAUCCCUUGUUGUCGAAGCUGAAGCAGAGCUGUGUGAGGUGAGUGCUCAAAGUGUGUCGCUACACCAACAUAGCAAUGUCAGGCUAGUAAACGGAGAUGUCAGAUCUUCUUAACUAACCUGUGUCUCCGCUCGCUCAGCCUCCAGACUGGCCCAAGCUGAGGCAGCCACCCAGCAGCCAUAUAGCUGGUGCAAUGUAUGUGUUAGGUUACAGUUAGUUAAGCUAGGAAACUUUUUUUUUUUUACUAAUAAAUAAUUUUGCUUCAUUAGUUCACCUUUCUGUCUCUCUCUCUUCACUCUCAUCCGUUCCUAUCUCUUGCCCUUAAAGGAUCACUAUAAUGUCAGGAAAACAAACUAAUUUUCUUGACACUAUAUCAUCCUUAGGACCCUCCCACCCUCAUGGUCCCCCUCCUGUGGUGCUGAAGGUGUUAAACCCCUUCAGUUACUUACUUUAAUUCAGCGCCGGGCUCCUUCGGCGCUGGUGACCUCUCGUCCCCCGCUGACGUCACCUCCUGAGUGGAGCGGCAUGUGCGGCAAGAGCCGUGCGCGCAUUCAAACAGUCCAUGGGAAAGCAUUUCUCAAUGCUUUCCUAUGGAAGUUCUGCACGCUGGAUGGGAUUUUCGCAUCAAGCGUCGCAGAAGCGCCCCUAGAAGCUGUCAGGAAGACACACACUAGAGGUUGGAUUAACCCUGCAAUGUAAACAUAGCAGUUUCUCUGAAACUGCUAUGUUUGCAUCUGAAGGGUUAAACCCUGGGGGACUUGGCACCCAGACCACUUCAUUGAGCUGAAGUGGUCUGGGUGACUAUAGUGUCCCUUUAAUGAUACUUUCCACUUCACUCUCAUCUAUUUCCGUUACAUGAUCAUGUUCAUCUGUUCUUCACCCUCAAGCAUACCUUUCUACUUCAGAUUACGUAAUUCUGCUCCGUUACUUUCAUUUUUUUCUUAUCUGCAGGUUCUAACAAUGAAAUUCAACUUUAAAUUGCUUUACAUCUUUUACAAGUAGAAUUUAAAUGCAAAGUGUAGGGACAGUGCUGGUAAUGUACAGUUGGUAAUGUAGAUAUACAGCUGUGAAGCUCAGUCUGCUGUUCAAAUAUACUGCAUGUUUCUUGCUGUUCUUUACCCAUUACCAUUGUCUUCUACCCAAAGGCUUACUUAGGGCGUUUGGCACCUGGGGUGCAAUUGUCUGUUAGCACCCAAAGGCAUUUAAAAAAAAAUGGAAAAAAAUACAAAAUAACUGUCAGUCUCCUUCGGUCUGGUGCUCCAUGCAGGAUUUCACCUCGAGGAGUUUAAAUGAUCAUGGGAACAGUGAGGAAUCAGCCCAGAACUACACGGGAGGAUCUUGUUAAUGAUCUCAAGGCAGCUGGGACCACAGUCACCAAGAAAACAAGUGGUAACACACUACAGCGUGAAGGACUGAAAUCCUUCAGCACCCGCAUAGUCCCCCUGCUCAAGAAAGCACAUGUACAGGUCUGUCUGAUGUUUGCCAAUGAACAUCUGAGUGAUUCAGAGGAGAACUGGGUGAAAGUGUUCUGGUCAGAUGAGACCAAAAUCAAGCUCUUUGGCAUCAACUCAAUUCGCCGUGUUUGGAGGAGGAGGAAUGCUGCCUAUGACCCCAAGAACACCAUCCCCACCUUCAAACAUGGAGGUGGGAACAUUAUACUUUGGGGGAGUUUUUCUGCUAAGGGGACUUGACAACUGAAUCGCAUAAAAGGGACGAUGGACAGGGCCAUGUACCGUCAAAACUUGGAUGAGAACCUCCUUCCCUCAGCCAGGGCAUUAAAAAUGGGUCGUGGAUGGGUAUUCCAGCAUAACUAUGACCCAAAACACACAGCCAAGGCAACAAAAGAGUGGAUCAAGAAGAAGCACAUUAAGGUCCUGCAGUGGCCUAGCCAGUCUCCAGACCUUAAACCGAUAGAAAGGGAGCUGUUGGUUCGAAUUGCCAAACGUCAGCCUCGAAACCUUAAUGACUUGGAGAGGAUCUGCACAAGUAGUGGGACAAAAUCCCUCCUGAGAUGUGUGCAAACCUGGUGGCCAACUACAAGAAACGUCUGACGUUUGUGAUUGCCAACAAGGGUUUUGCCACCAAGUACUAAGUUGAAGGGGUCAAAUACUUAUUUCACUCAUUGACAUGCAAAUCCAUUUAUAGCUUUUUUGACAUGCCUUCUUCUAGAUUUCUUUUUGUUAUUCUGUCUCUCACUGUUAGAAUUCACCUACCAUUAAAAUUAUAGACUGAUCAUUUCUUUGACAGUGGACAAAUGUUCAAUAUCAGCAUGGGGUCAAAUACUUUUUUCCCUCACUGUAUACAGCACCAACUUAUUUUGCAGCACUUUACAAUGUUAUAAAGGAGGUCAUUUACCAGUGAUUGAGAUAAACUAUUAAAAACUGAAACCUGAAGGUUGAGGAACAAAGCUCAAACGAGCUUACAGUCUUGAGGUGGUAAGGUAUACGAACACAAUCGGAAAGGUAGCAUGGAGCAUAGCAAUAGAUGACAGGGUGGAAAGGUAGCAGAGUUGGAAGGUGAAAGUGAAGUGAAGAAUGGACUCACUGAACAGGUUGAGCAUACCUAUGAAUUAGUGACGAAAUUUUGCAAGUACAGUUGAGAGCUUUGUAAGCAAGAUAAGCAAGAGUUAAUAUUUUGAAUCGAAUCCUAUAGGAUCAGGAAAGCAAGUGUGGCAGUAGAGUUAUGAGAGAAUUACAGUAGUCAAUACGAGAAAUUACCAGAGCUUGAGCUAGCUCCUUAGUAGCACCUUGCAUAAGAGAGGAAUGCACGUAGGCAGUGUUUUUAAAGGGACACUCCAUUACCCAAAUACAAAAUAAGAAUCACUGUUUAGUAUGUAUACUGUCAGAGUAUUUAUAUCGGCAGACAUUUUGUGCUAUGAUAGAAACUAAAAGUGUAUAUUCUGAGUCACUCUGAACAGACCAGACUCCAUUUUGUUAUUUCAAGUUAACAAAGAAGACACUAGAUUUCUUUCUGAAAGACUGGCCUCUUUGCCAGAGCUAAGGAAUGCAUAGUAUAAACAAGUGAUAAGGAAGGGGGUUGGAUAGACUGUCUAAAAUGCUAAUGGAAUAUAAUCAAAUCUAAACCCAGACAAUUGUGACAGAGAAGAUUAAAAAAUUUAAUAUUUAACUGUCUAUAUAUAUAAGGUACCAUUGUAUGGAAAAGGGUAAACUUAGUUUAUGAUCUGUCAUAUCAGAAAUUAUGGCAGGAAUUGCAGACGCUAAGUCUGGACAAAAUUUAAGAAAUCCUUUUGAAAUUUUGAAUUAUGGCGCUAUAAAGAUAACGCAAAAUGACGUCAAAAUAGCCACCAGGAAAAGUUAACUCUUUCCUGGAUAGGUAUGUUUAGUGGGACAAGACUGCCCUCUACAGACCAAAUAACUAAUUUGCGAUCUGGAAGAUAACCACACCUCUAGUGCUUCUAUUGGGUUAUCAACUGAUGACGUACAGAGAGUCUGGCCCUUUAAAAGUUAGGACAAAGGGAAGAUAGAGGAUACAACGAGAGAGAGGAGGCAGAUGCAAGAGAUGCAAAGGAGAGGAGAGAGGAAUUGGAAGUUUGGGGACUCCAACUCGGACAACAUCUGAGAAUAACACUCUACUCCUAAAACUCUAACACUUAGAAUUUACUGACUUUCUAACCAACACCUCCAUGCAGAGAGACUACCAAUCGGAUGAAAUAUCUACUCAACUGGUAAUUAUACUGGUUUCAUUUAAUUAAAUUAAAUUAAUUAAAAUGUAUUAAUAGCAUUAUAUAUGACUGGAUAAAGCACGGUCAGAUUUCCAUAUUAAGAAAUCUUAGUUAACUAAGAAUAUAUAGUUAUAAAUAUUCCAUUCUGCAGGUGGAAUUAAGAAUAAUUAUAUAUUGAUGUGAUAUUAUCACGUGUUAGCAUACCGCUGUUUUUAUCCAGGUGUAUUGAUUUGCUCUAAAUUAAGAUAGAUAUCUUUUAGACAAAUUAAAAAUCUGCUUAUAUAAUGUAGUAAAUUCUCUUAUUGGAUGAUUUUAAGAAAAUGACUAGUGAACUGGUUUAAAUGUUAUUUUAUUUAAAAAUUACAUAAGAAUAGAUCUUAACUACCUAGGAGAUCUAGCCAGCAUUGAAAGGGUUAUUCUAACUGUCGGCUAAACUUUACGACCUUACGCUGCACUCUGAGGAAUUCUGUUCUUCGCUGUGAAAAGUUUCACUUUCAGCCUGUGUUAAAGAUAGUCAUAAAUAAUUCUUGACAGGAAAUGCUAUUUAGCCAUUGUAACGUAAUACCCAUUUCUUUGUAUUGCAUACCAUUUUAUACCGGAUAUUCAUUGAUUAUUGUUAUGCAUGUUACAUAAUAUUAUUUGUUUAUUAUUAAUUUGUCAUAUAAAUAAAAUCUAUUUUUAUACAUUGUGAUAUUAAUUAUAUGAAAUACAUUUCACUUACGAUAAACGUUCUUUGGGAUCUGAGAAUUGAAUUAGUGGGCAAUUCUCACUGUUACUAUUAUUAUCCCAUAAAUAUCCCCACAAUACCUAAAAUGAAAACUUACAUAUAUUUAUUUUUGCAAUUUUUAUAGGUGUUAUAUAUAAAAACUACUUGCAAAAACUGCAGAUCUCUCAUUUGCUACCUUUGCAAGUCCUCCUCUUCUAACCCCGCCCAAACUUUCUGUAGCAGUCCAAUCACAGACAUCCCAAUGCACCUCAAUGAGAAGUCUUUGCAAGGCAGGUGCUCUGGACAAUUUCUGCCUCUCGAAUUCAGUGCAACUAAGCUAACCAAACCAGGAAGUAACAGACCUAUUGUCUAGUUGAAAAACCAGGGGGUGUAACCAAUAUAAUUUACAAGUGCCAAUUUCUAUUGAAAUCUGCACUUUUUGCAAAAUGAAAAAAAGAUGACACACUCUUCACACUUAAAUCAUUGGUAUUAUUUGGUGAUAAACUCAAGCUUUGAGGAAAAAGAUAGAAGAGAUAUGAGAUGGUUGUUGAAUGGAGAAAAUAGAUCAAGAUGGGUAUGACAAGUAAGAGAACAGGAAACUAAAACUUAAAAAGUGAACACACUGUGCUGUAAUAUGUGCUGGAAAAUUAAACCUUUUUUUCAUGGAAGCUGUGUGAGUCAUAGCAAGGGGAAGUGUGGCUAGAGCUACAUAAAAUUAUUUAACCCUAAACCGCAAAGAAUUGAGUAGUUAGACUACAGGAGCAUGAUCUAUAUUUUUGGUGCUUAGAGUGUCCCUUUAAGAAGUGUUGAUUUAUUCAUUUCAUUUAAAUUUUCACACCUGACAAAUACAUAUAUGUUGCAGGAAAUAAGUAAACAUUUGAAAAAUCCUAGGAAUUAAGUUUUUACUCUUUAACUUUAUUAUUAAUAUACUUCUAUUAUUAAUACAUUAACAAACUUCCUCUGCUUCAUCCCUAUCUUGUACUCCUAUUUCUAGAAUGGUUUUUAAAAAUCCUGCACAUGUAACCCUUAAAGUACUUCUGCUUAAAGGAACACUCUGGGCAACAUAGCAAUUUAAUCAAAAUGAAGUUGUUGUGGUGCCAGGAGGUUCCUGGCAUUGUUUUAUCUUUAGGGUUAAACCGUUAACAAAUGGUUUAAGCCCCAAAGUCUCCACACCAGUGCCCGAUUGCACUUCCCAACAUCUGUUUGCUGAACAGCUUCAAAACAGAAGCCUGGGAUUGCUGUGGGCAAAAGUGCAGCUGAUUGGAUUAGCACGGUCAGCUGAUGCUGUCAGUGGUUCCCCAUUCACAAAACAGCUUAAAAAAACUUACAUAUUGUACUCAUGCCUUUCCUAUGAAUGGGGAGCCACAGAUUGGCUGAGAGUGUCAUGUAAUCAUUCUAAGCCAAUCAGCACUACCUCUGCCCACGUCAGUCCUAGUCUGUAACUUUUUAGCAAGCGGAUGUUUGAGGGGGCAGAAUGAUCCGGCAAUGAAAAGGAGACAUUGGGUUUAAACCAUUUGUGAACAACAUCAGGGACCCCAUGGCACUGUAACAACUUAGUUUACAUGAAGGUGUUAUAAUGCCCUUUAAGUCAGUAUUAUAGGAAAUGGUUAAUAUUAUAGUUGCUCAGUUUUUAUUAGGUCUCUUCGGCAGGAAAUAAUGUAUUUAUUUAGUGCUUCUUGUUUGAAAAAGGUUGAGAUACCCCACCUUUCCCAUCACUCUUCCAUACUCGUGUUUGUCCAUCGUAUAACCAUCACAAUCUUACCCUCACCCAUCCCCUCUCUGUAUCUCUGCUUUCAUUCUCUCUCUUAGAGUGCUGGGUCACUUUGAGAGACCUCUCUUCCUUGAGCUGUGCCAACACGUGGUGUAUGAACAUUACCACCCUGGAUCUUUGGUUUUCUGCCCAGGACAACCUGACUCCAGUAUUUACAUUGUCCUGGAGGGAAGACUGGAGUUGUCCAUCACUGAUCCCGUGAGACAUCAAACUCUGCUUUUUAGUGUUCCUCACUUUGCUUUUCUCAACAUGAAAAAAAUUCAAAAAUGCAUGCUAAUCUGAAAUGCUUGUCACCUGUGGCAGAUGGUGAUAGCUACCAAAAACAUUUCCCCCUCCAUAACUAUCUGCCACCGGUUGGCUCACUAUGUUAUAAGAAAUCACACUAGGGUGGCAUAGAAUCAUGUGAAAUCAUGUUGGGUUUGCAUGCAAUAUAACAUUAAAUCAGCUGGUGUUGGCACACAGUUCUAAAUAAAAUCAGCUUGGGUUGACAUGCAAUACGAGUUGAGUUGGCUCUUGGCAUGAAAUUAAUCUCUGAUGUUGGCUUACUUUAAAGCAUCCAGUUAUACCCAUCAGCCUGACGGUUGACAAAUGCAAUCUAUCUAUUCUCAGGAUGGAACAAGGCAUAACAUGAAAAGUGUCGGACCAGGUGAUAAUGUGCACAGCCUCCUCAGUAUCUUAGAUGUGCUUACGGUGAGCAUUAGUUAUUGUAUUUAAACCUUCAAGGUCAUGACUUAAUAUUGCUGGAUAGGCUUUUCAAAAGUUUUUAUAUUUUUGAAUACACGUUUAAAAUGAUUUCAUUAACUGAAACAUAUUAUAAUUUUGCAAUAUUUUGAUAUUUUGUUUUCAUAUAUUGCUAUUUUUUUAAUUUACUCUUUUGAAAAAAAAAAUACUGAAUGUUUAACAGAAAACGUUAAAUUAUUUGAAAAGAUUAUCCAACAAUAUUAAAUCAAGGCCUUUGUGAUUUAAAUGCACAUAUGACCCGAAGAUCCAUUGUAUAGUAUAUUAUAUAUAUAUGGUACACAUCUAGCAUGCUUGAACAGGCUAAAUACCUAAUCAAUGUCCCAGGCUCUUAGUAUAUUAAUAAGGAAGCACAUUCCUGUUUUUAAAUAUGUAAUCGGUUAUGUGCUAGAUCCAGGUAUAGCUUGUAGUUACUGUACCAUUGGACCCCUAAUACUUGUGGUUAUCUAUCAUUCCAGUGGCCGUGUGCCCCAGACCCCUGUAAGCCACUGUAUGUAGAAUAUACCAUGAUAAUGUGUUUAGUAAUAUAGGCUGUACUGGAUUACAACAAAUGGAACGUGUCAAGUAUUUUUCACCUACCAGGGCCACCAGCGACCGUAUCGUACUGUGACUGCCCAGGCUGUAGAAAAAAGUACUUUACUCCGUUUACCGGUCGAGGCAUUCAGUGCUAUCUUUAACAGCUACCCUCAGAGCCUGGUACGGACCGUGCAGGUAAGGAAAAGGAACCUGUGUGUCCUUCUGUCAUGCUUUUAGUAAAAGAUAUACUCAAUUAUAUAUUUAUUAUUAUGACCAUUUUUUGUUUUCUUUUGAUUCAUAUUUUUGUAAGGGCUGAAAGGACUGUUUUCUUUCUUUAUAACCUAAUGUGUGUGGCAUCCUUUUGAUUCUCUAAUUACUCAAUAAAGACGUCAUCUUUUUAAAGAAAAGAUACUCUCACUAGUAACUGGUAUUAAUGCAGUUACUGUAGCGGAGCUCCAAUACUUCAGCGAGCAUCUCUGCUUAGGUAUCCAUCAGGCUACAAGAAAGGUCACUGUAGUGAUUAUAGCCCAUCUCCCCAAGCACUAGACAACACUUAGUGUAGGGGAGACUAACAUGGUUUACUGUCACAAGAGCACACACAAGAACAAUAGGUUACCGUCCUGGACUCUUGGAGUCCGGGGCGCCUAGAUACUAAAACGAUAUAAAAACAUACUACAAAAAAACUACUCUGUCUGUGGGAUAAAAUAUCUCACAUACAGGGUAAAACUGGAAGAUAAUGUUGCAAAAUAAUGUCACAAUGAAAAUAGUACAUGUAUUGCAUGUGCAGAAAAUUGUACCCAAACCUGUAGGUCAAUACUAGGUGAAACAUAUAACUACAGCCAAGUGGCUGAACCUCCAAAAUCCCUGGUCCGAUACAAUUAGGAGGAGUUGUGACAGGCAAAAGACUUUAAUACUAAAUCAUAUGGCCAACGUCUGUACACAUGUAACUCAAAAUAAUAAAAGUAACUAAAUUGUUACAUAUACAUCCAAAUACACCAGGGUUAACUAGUCAUAACCUGCUGCGUACCCUAGAUCAAAUGAUCUAUUUAUAAUUUAAUGAUUAAGUGUCAACGGGGAAAAUCUGCCUAUAGAUGAGGAACAUCAACGUCCCAAACAUACUGGACAGUGCCCUCCUUAAAAGAUAGAAAACUAAGUGGGAAACCCUAUAUCCAAAAACUAUAGCUUCGCCACAGUUACAUCUCUUAUUUCACUGAUUUAAUAUUGCCAAAAAUUGUCAUCAACCAUUAUUACAUAUACAAACGAUAAUGUGCAAGAGCGCUAUUUUUUUAAGGUAAAUAGAAAUAAAAUGAAUUAAUUAAUAACUAAUUGUUUAACAGCUACCAUCCUGUGAUGUGAAAUUCCUCCCAAAAUACAUAGAAAACAUUCCACUAUAUAAAACAUACAGUGGAGCACUAUAUUAAAUAAGUGCAAUCAAUCUAAUAUAUUAUUACAUAUAUCAGAUCUCACCUCUGUUAAGUGGAAUUUGUAUUUAAUGAAAGUCUUUAUCCAGUAUAUGGAUUUCCACCUUGACCCUGAGUUACUGAAUACAUAUUGAAAAAAAAAGAACUGCAUUGUUCACUGGUUCCUUUUGCUAAGAAAGGAUACAUAACAGAAGCAUUCAAUUAUUGAAUAUUUCUCACCUAGUAGCCAAGAGAAUUAAAUGUAUGCAUUUACAGUGUGAUUUAAAAAUACCGACAGCUAAAGAAAAAUGUUGUGUUGAUUUAAAAUAGUAAUUUAUCAAAAUCUGGCUCAAAUUUGUUUUAUUUUUAUUUUUUCAAAUUGUACAUGUUUUUGAAGGUUGUAGAGUGCAAAUGCAUGGAUUGUUUAUGCAGGGAUAUAAUUGGUCGCUCUUUCUUUAUACCUGAAUUUAUAGCUGCGCUCAACCAACGCUCAGUUAUAUUUUGCAGUGCAUCGUGAGUAAAGAACAGUGGUUUACAAGCUAGUAACUACUAGAAAACAAGAGAAAUUUCAAUGUAUCUUUCCUGGUAAAAUAUUUGAUAAAUAAUAAAAUGAAUUAUCUUCACACUUGCAUGUGUCAUUGCCAACGGUCUUCUUGGAUGACCAUUAUUCCGAGUUGAGUGAAAUUAGUGUAUUGUAUCUGGGUAACGGUAACAUCAUCAAUAAGUCCAAGUGAGUGUGCUAAGCUCUUUGAAUCCCCUUGUGGGAAAAAGAAAUUAUAUAAAUCAUUGGCUUUUUUUAUAACUUGAAAUUUGACAACUUACAGCCAGAUUCUGUUAAAGAGUUUUAUCAUUCAAAAAACAAUCAUAGGUAUGGAUUGUGUAAUUUAACAUAGUGAGGUUCACUGGACAAAUAAUUGUAGGUGUGCUGUCUGUCUAUUGCAUACAAUGUUAAUGCCAGUUUGAAUCCCAUCUUUCUGCAGAUUAUAGCACUCCGCCUGCAAAGGGUGACAUUUCUUGCCCUCCACCACUAUCUGGGUCUGACCAUAGAACUCUUCCAACAUGUAAGAUGCCUUAGUUUUAUUCUUUUUACAUUCUGAGAGGGAAGUUAGAAAACUUAUGAAUGGUAGGGCAAGCUCACAGUAUCGGAGGAAACAUUUCCUUUGAUACUGUGAGCUUGCCCUGCUAUUCAUAAGCUCUCUAAAUGAGACACAAAGUGAGAUACUUUGACUUGAGAGGACAUCCUAUUGGUGAAGAAGGGAUAAUUAUGUAGUUAAUGUCAGUGCAUUAUUAGGGCUAUAUCCUCCUUAAAGGGACACUAAGCACAAGACUCAUUACAACUAAAUGUAUUGGUUCUGGAGCAAAAAAACUGUCACUGCAAUCUCUGAACUAUAAACACUACUACUGAGAAGUGCUUAGAUUGCUGCCUAAUGUCAUCUUUAGGGAAUGUCACUCUGAAAGCCACUAGAGGGGUUUCUUUCCUGUAGUCUUUGCAAUUCCAACAUUUGGCAUCUCCAUGCUCUUUGUGGAAAUGCCACACACUCUCUAUAUGGAUGCAUUGAGUCAUUGAGAAGAUAAUGAUUGGCACAGCGUGGCGAUUGCUACCCAUGCUCACUAGCCUCUCAAUUCUUCCAUAUGGGGAAUCAUCAGUAUUGAUGAUCUCAGCUGGGGAGGAGUGGCAUCUACGGUGAGAAAGGUGGGUUAGCCUUCUUUAAUUAUUUAUUGGUUGAGGGGAUAGGUGACAACUCAAAUGGCCCAUACACCAUUCUAGCAUUAAGAAUACAAACAUGCAUACAUAACGUUAGUGUCCAUUUAUAAGAAAGAAACUUUUGCAGACAGUGAGAGUUUGUAUUUAUUAGGUAAUGAGUUCCAGAAGUGGUAGUUUAGAAUACAUAUUUGUAUAAGUAAAACAGAUCACAACACAGAUUGUGUUAUGUGUUGAAGACUGUUGAGUUUGAAGUUGACAUUAUAGAUAAUGUGAAUAUUUGUGAAAUGUAGAAAGUGUUUUUAUGAUGAAUCUGUUUGUAUAGUUAUUGUGAACAUUUGAAGGAAGGGAUAUGAUAUAUUUACUGGUAGGAUCCAUAGAAUCUUAUGUUACUCUCUGUAGGAACUUCAGGAUGAACCUCUUCCUGCUUCACUCGGCCAGUCAGUGAAUGCUCGACGACCACCACUUUCAAGAAGUAAAACACAUGAUGGUGAGACCAUUUUUUCUUCUGAUCCACCACACUUAGUCCAUAUCCUGCAGUUUAAAUGUCUUUUCGCCAUAAAUAAAUCGAUCUAUGUUUCUCUUUCAGAAAGCACAGAUACUCCUGCUACGUCCAAAAAGACACACAAGAGAGCACCGCCUCUCGGACUCUGCAAAUCUGUGUCUUUGGGAACUAAAAGUAAGUGUGUAAAAUAAAAAUGUGAUUAGAGAUAGUAUGACCAUCGAAAGUGAAGAUUGUGAUGUUUCCAUGCAUGUUUGCUGUUGCUUGUGCUACUUUGUGUUUAUUUUCCUGUUACGAAAGAUACACCACAUUUUACUUAGUGAUCAGCUAUUAUUUUCCAUUUAUUCUAGACUUAGGGCUUUUGAGCCUGCAUAAUGGUAGAUUUUUCCUUAUUCCAUACUUGCUUUUUUUGUUGUUGUUUUUUUGUUUUCUGGUGAAUUAAAGGUCUUCUCUUUCUCCUGUUUCUUUACUUUAAGUAUUUACAUGAUGUUAUUAUAUUCUUCCACUUUCCUGCAUGUUUUCUUUCUGUUCUACCAUGCAGUCUUGAUGAUUGCGUUGUGCACGUCCAUAAUUUUGAGGUUUUCCGUUUACAUCUCUGUCUUUGUAGUUUCUCUUCAUGUGCAGCCCUUCUUCCUCUGUCUAUCUUCUUGCUGUUUCCAGCAUUGGGGAUUCUGCUCUUUUUUGCUGAAUAGACUAUUAUAUAAUCUAUAUUCCCUUAAAUUGUAGUAGAUUACAUUGCUGCAUAAUCUAUUUUCACAUGUGACAUUUUUAAGUUCUCUCUCUCUGAUUAUAUAUGUCACAUUAUAGGAUCUACCUCUUUCUCUGGUUUAUGGCACUCUCUGGAUUGUGAGUUAGAGCAAUCACACACCAUUGUUUCUCUUGAGAACAGAGAGGUCCCUUCAUCACCCUCUUCUCUGGUAAGAUAUCCUUUAAUAGAAUAUUCCAUGCAUAUUUAAUUUUUUAACCCCUUAAGGACACAUGACAUGUGUGUUAGGUCAUGAUUCCCUUUUUUUCCAGAAGUUUGGUCCUUAAGGGGUUAAAGGCAAACUUUUACAGAUUUACAAGUUGUAGAGAAAUAAUGGAAUACUUUCCUGGGAUUUGUAGGACUUCUACUCUGUGGAAUCUAAAGUAGAAGAUAUCCAGGAGAAGAUUGAAAGCGGCAAAAAACAGCUGGCAAAACUGAUGGACCUAGAGGUACGAUAACGCUUGGAGGUCAUGCAAAACUCUUGUGCUAUAAGUAAUAUAAAAUUUGAAUUAUUUUGCUACAAGUAUCUCUGUUAAUUACUGCAUUUAGAAACAUACUAGCUAAUAAUACAUUUUCAGUGUUGCUUGCAUUUGUCCUGGGGGAAUGAAGCCCUGAAUUGAUACAUCUUUUCUACAUUGUGGAAUGAAGCCCUGAAUUGAUACAUCUUUUCUACAUUGUCUUAGGAUGUGUCGUUAUUGGAUAACAGAGUAUCUCUGCAUUGUGUGAAGGCUGAUACGGUUAUUGCACACCAGGGAGAGCAGGUUUUCCCCUUUUCCACCUAUUUUGUUUAUUGCUGCUUUCUCCUUUACUACCAUUACCUUUACUGUUAUUCUCCGAAUUUCUGCUUUUUUCAUAUACUGCCUACUAUUUUUGUGUCUGCGCCAUUGACCUUCAUUUCGCCAAUCUCUACUUUAUAUCAUUCUACUGGUUUUGUUUCAAUCACCCAUUUUACAUUAGUCUCUCGUGUUCUUUCAGGGAGUGGGUCUGCACUUUGUGCUGUCUGGCUGUCUCCAUAUUUAUCAGGGUGUAAGUGGCCGCCAAGACUCCUGCAUUUUUGUGACGGGCUCAGGUGAGAUGAUUGGGCAGCUAACAGUCCUAACUGGAGAACCCCUGAUCUUCACUAUCAGAGCCUUUCGAGACAGCUCAUUUCUCUGCUUAAGCCGCGCUCACUUUUACCAGUGAGUAUCAUUGCCAUUUAAAUUUUAGGAAAUGCAACUAAUUAACUAACUAAUGUGACAUAGUUUACACUUAUCAAUCCAGCACGUGCCAGUGAAAUAAAUCCGGUGGCUAAAGUAUCAGCUCUAGAACCUGUUCAGAUUUCAGCAUUUAGUUCUCAAAAAAGGAUUGACUUAGCCUUUCAUUCUUCUAUGGAAGAUUAAAUAAAUGUCGUUGGAGGGUCAAUAAUAACAUUUACUCUCCUGUGCAUACUUAAAAUAUCAAUGUAUUCUUAUAGUGAAAGUAUUUUUUAUUUAUUACAGAUAUGUUUUGUCUCUAUCUUAACGUCCCUCUUCCUUAUUCACUAUCGUUCUUAUAACUGCCUCCUUUCAUCUGUUUAUCUUCCUACUAUCUUAGGAUUGUGCGCUCUCACCCUACUGUCCUCCUUUCAGUUGCUCACUCCGUUGCCCGUCGAGUAUCUCCCUUUGUGCGUCAGGUGGAUUUUGCUAUUGACUGGAUUGGUGUGGAGGCAGGUAAAGAACUCUACAAGUGAGUUUAACAAAAUAAAAAUAGAUUUGUGGUUUGCCAUUUUUAGAGUUAAUUUUAAGUCCUAUACUUAUCUUCAAUACUUCUGUUUAACUGUGUUUUUUAGAAUGGGAGAUCCUUCUGAUUGUACUUACAUUACACUGAAUGGUCGCCUUCGUUCUGUAAUCGAACAUCCAGAUGGUAGAAAGUCUGUGGUUGGGGAGUAUGGCCGAGGACAGCUGAUUGGAAUGGUGAGAGUGUUAAAUUCUGGGUUAUCCAUCUUUUUAAAAUAACCGUUUACAUUAUAAUUCCCACCUUUUAAUCUGGCACCCAGUAUUACUCAUUUUUUGUUACUCUACAUGUGUUUUACUUCCAUCAAUCAAAGUAUUUUUUUCUGUAGGUGGAGACCUUGACCCAUAAGCCAAGGGCCAAAUCUGUCUAUGCAGUACGAGACUCGGAACUGGCCAAAGUACCAGAUGGAGCUCUGUCCUACAUCAAGAGGAAAUACCCCCAGGUAACAGUUAACUAGCAUGAUUGAUUGCAAUUGAACCAUUAUCACAGCCUUUUUUAUGAAAACAUGCAGGGGACCAUUGGGAAAAACAAUCUUUUUUUUUUCAUGAAGGGAAGCUUCAAUGUCCUUGUGUCUUUUGCAUUUCUUCUGCUAGGAUAAUUAGUCGUCUUACUAUUAAUUUUGCGAUUCAUUAAUAUGCUCUUACCAGGAUCUCUUAUUUUCUCCUUCAGGUAGUAACAAGGCUGAUUCAUAUUUUAAGUCAGAAAAUAAUUGGUCAUCUUCAGCACCCUGAAGGAGAUGUCACAGGUAAACUAUCUCAGACUUGUUCAUAGAGUUUAAAGGUCAAAGGAGACUUAGAACCCUUUAAAAAAAAAAAAAAAAAGUAACACGUUAAAUAAAUAUAUUUAUUUAUAAAGUUUCAGUGUUCCUUUUAAUGUUUCAAUACAGAGACACCCUUUGGAAACAUAAAAAAAUAAUAAAACUAUCCUUUUUUUCCAGGUUUGUCCCUGUUUUGUUACAACAGACAUUCCACCUGCUGUGAGAUCAUUGUUGUGAUGUUCUCAGUUUCAGAGAAACUGCUAUGUUUCACUGAGGGUUAAUCCAGCCUCUAGUGGCUGUCUCACUGACAGCCACUAGAGGCCUCUUCCGCGAUUCUCACUGUGAAAAUCACAGUGAGAAGAUGCUGGACGUCCGUAGGAAAGCAUUGAGUAAUGUUUUUCUAUGGGCGGUUUGAAUGCACGCAAGGAUUUUGCCGCGCAUGCGCAUUCGGCAGGAGGAGAGGUCACCAGUGCAGAGGGAGUCCGGCGCUGGAUUAAGGUAAGUGGCUGAAGGUGUUUUAACCCCUUCAGCCCAGCAGGAGGAGGGCCAUGAGGCUGGGGGGGACCUAAUAACCCUAUAGUGCCAGGAAAGCGAGUUUGUUUUCCUGGCACUAUAGUGGUCCUUUAACCCCUUAAGGACACAUGACGUGUGACAUGUCAUGAUUCCCUUUUAUUCCAGAGGUUUGGUCCUUAAGGGGUUAACUUGCCAGUAUUUGUACUGUCUCAGGUAUAGUAUAUCUCCCUACCUACCACACAGGUUAAACUGAAAAUUGUAUAAUGUAAAAUUAUAGUUUAUCUUAUUUGAAACUUAUUAUAUAUCUUUCAUCUUAUUUUUUCUUUUCUAGAUUCCAGUAGUCUUGCCAGUAAUCUGUGCACAGUUUGUGUGCUGCCCUGCAGUAAUACUGUCCCUCUCACUGCUUUCACAUUGGAGCUCAAACAUGCUCUAGACGUCAUUGGUAAGUUCCUUGAUGGGUAUUAGUUAAAAUGAUGGAGGUAAACAACAGAGAGAUAACAUUCUGCAUCUUUUAGGCCCGACAUUGGUUCUAACAAGUGAAAUCAUCAGGGUACAACUUGGUGCCUAUGCCCUGGAAAGGAAAGUAUCGUUUUUUUUAUUGCUCAUGCAGUACCUGUGCAUUUCAGAAUUUUAUCUAAAUUUGUAUUUGCUAAGAGAAGCCUAGAAUUAGUACACAAGAUUCAAAAUAGUCACAAUUUUGUUUUGGUAUUUGCAUUUAAUGCCUCCACUUCUAUUCUGCAGCACGCAUGAAUGUCAGUUGUCCAGUUGGCUGGCCCAACAAGAAGACCUCCAUCGAAUUGUCCUAUACCAGACUGAGUCCACUCUCACACCAUGGACUAUCCGAUGCAUCCGCCAAGCAGACUGCAUUCUUUUAGUUGGUUUGGGGGUAGAAGAGCCACAUCUGGGAAAUGUAAGUAAAGUGGAAUCUGCUAUUCUGUAACGGUUAUGUAAAAUUACAUUUACAAAUAUAAGAAAAUGUGUUUAACAUUCAUAUGGGAUGUGCAGGGUGAAAGAUUUUAGUUUGCAUUUUUUUCCUCUGUGCUUUUCAGCUGGAGACAUUCUUUGAACAGUCCCAAAUUCGCGCGCUGAAACAGUUGGUCCUUCUGCACAGGAUGGAUGGUCCUUCUCCAUCUGGUACUGUUCAAUGGCUAAAGGAGAGACCCUGGCUUUCAGGACAUUUUCAUAUCCGGAGCCCAAAACGCAUGUUCAUGCAGAAACCUCCGCAUAGAGUGGUAAUUAGUAUGUUUUUAAAAGAAGAUCAAUUGAUAAUGGCAGAUUUUGGAAACCUCUGUAGAAAGUAGAACUGCCUUUAGAUUAUACAUUUCAUUAAUCAGGACCUUUUCACAUUUCUUUUUGUAUGCAUGCAUGUUAUCAUCACUUACUUGCAUGUCUCAUUUACCUAUUGUACCGUGCUGCAAAAUAUGUUUUAAAAAUAUAAUGUUCACAGUAUUGUGUAUAUGAGAGAGGCAGAACCUGUUUUAUAACUAAAUAACAGGGCAUUGAUGGACCACCUGCAGAGGAGAUCUGUCAUCAUCUUUACUCAGCAUAAUAAUCAGGGACGUAGCAAUUUAGCUCUAUAGAGAGGUUUCUGUGAGCUUACUCGAUGUUUCAAUCUGUGUUGACAAGAAUAACAGUUGAAAAUUCAUAGGAGCAGUACAGUCUUUUCCCUAUAAGGAUUCAUUUUGACAUCUUCCUGCUUUUACCACUACAAAAAAUAUAUAAAUCUGCCAGGCUUGGAUGGGUCUCAGUUCUCAUGGUGAACUGCACUGAUUUAGUGAAUGCAGAGCAUCACAGUAUAGAAGAAAUAUAUUUUUUAUAAGAGACUGUAUGUCUGUGUGUGAAUUAAGACUGCAUGGACCCCCUCUCUACUUCUUACUCUAUGUGUUUACAUUUGCAUACUACUCAAUUACUUGUUGUGGUUUUUCUGCCUAUUCUGUAACACUACAGAGUAUGUUGAUGCUUUCACUGUCCUCCUCUUUCUUUCCUCUGGCUCUUGUGCUGCCACCCUCAUUGCCCUCUUAUCUCCUUUGUAUCAGUACGAGUUAUACACUAGGAUCCUGCAGCAGCAAGCCAACCGUCACAGUGACUUCUCUCGUCUGGCGCGCGCCUUGACUGGAAACACCAUUGCUUUGGUUUUAGGAGGUGGUGGAGCCAGGUGGGUCUUUGCAUCCAGAAUUUUAUUAUGUUAUUGAUAUUUCUGUAUAUGUAUAUGUGCAUAUAUUUUCUUGUUCUUUUUACAUAUGUAUAUGGGUGUAUCUUCUUUUACUCUUUAUACAGAGGCUAUGCGCAUGUUGGUGUGUUAAAAGCUUUAGAGGAGGCUGGUAUUCCAGUGGACAUGGUGGGUGGAACUUCUAUUGGGGCACUGGUUGGAGGUGUAUAUGCUGAAGAGCGAAAUAGCAGUCGAACAAGAGAGCGGACAAGUAAAUGGGCACAGGUUGGAAAAGACGUGUAUUGUAUUUGGUGUGGCAUGAUUUUAUUUUUAUCUCUCCUGACAUUGUGUGCAUUGUAUUACAUCUUUCCUGUCCCCUUUCUAAAUUAAUUUUGUCACCAUUAAUUUGUAUUCUUAUUAGCCAUCUAAUUCAAUGUAUGUCAUUACUAGAUGAUGUCUUCACUUCUCCGAACGGUUAUGGAUCUCACCUACCCAAUCGCCUCAUUUUUAACAGGCUGUACGUUCAAUGAUAUCUUGCACACACUCUUUGGGGAGAGACAAAUACAGGUGAAGGAAACAGAUGAGUUUGAUCAUAUCUAAAAUGUUGUUUGAUUUAUUUUAUAUAUAUAUAUAUAUAUAUAUAUAUAUAAUUUGUUUUAGGGGCAAAUAGCUGUAUAUGGAGUAAGGUUCCAGUAUAACUGUAGUACAGUAUUAAAGAGCAAGUCAGUUGUGGUGUGAAAGAAAGAAAGGAAAAAGUGUUGAGAAUGUGGAGUGGUGGGAGGGUCAUUCAGAUGCUGACCUCGAACGGUAUGGAGCCAAGUAAUGGGUGUACCUUAUAUAGGUAAGUGUAUUAUCUUAAGCCCCUCCCACAAUUACAGGCCAAACGGCCUUAAUACUUGUGUUAGGGGCAAAUAGCCGUAUAUGGAGUAAGGUUCCAGUAUAAGCGUAGGAUAGUAUAAAGGGAACAAGUCGGUUGUGGUGUGCCGAGACCGACGAUACAGUAGGCCUGUAAAUAAAGAGGGCAAAAGUGAAUAAUCAAAAAUUAAAUACAGUCAACAAAUAUAUACAAAUUAACCAGACAUUUCCUUAAAUGCAUUUCUUGUUUCCUGUGUUGGUUUGGGUAUGUAACUUGUAUAUGCGGAAGAUUUCUAUCGCGCAGUGAUUUUAUGAUAUGUACUGGUAUGUUGGUGCCGGAAGAUGUGGAGGCCGCUACUAUACGAAAGGAGUGACCUGAGUAGGUUGAAGGGUUGAGACCUAGCAUGGUUAACAGGGAUCUGAUGUAUUUCAUGAAAGUAGCGGUAGUAAGUACAGAGCCUUGUAGUGCAAAUAAAUGUUGUGAUGGUAGUGAGGUAGGAUAUUGAUGGUAGGAAUCUCGGACCGCAACUGGACACCAUUUAUUGUAGGUAGGAUAAUAAGUGAUUUCUACUGGAGGUACGCGUUGACUUGUUUUAGACUGUGGUAGAGCGAGUAUGUAAUGGUCCAUGUGUUUGCAUUGGUGGGAUCGUAGGAGACUAUCUGUCUGAGUGGUGGUGAUGGUAGUGAAUUCUCUUGGCCUGAGGAAACCGUAGAAGGCUAUGUACAUGGCUGCUUUAAUGACCGAAAUAUAAUUUAAUGGUGUUGUAAGAUAGUUGUAGUUUAAGGUGGCAAAAAGAAGCGAAAGCAAGGAUAGAUGUCAUGACAAAAGGUUGGGAUAUGUUGUGGUCCAAUAGAAAUCUUUUAAACAAUGUGAAGGCUCUGUUGUAUGUUUUGCGAGUAUUGGAUGACCGUGCUAAUUUGGACAGAUCCCUGCUGUGUUGCAUAAUUAAUUCUAAUCCAUGAUUAGCUGCUGGAAUGAAGGAGGGGCUGUGGCUGCUUGAGCGGCUGAAGGAAGUGCUUGAUGAAAUGCCUGAAAAGUGAAUCGAGACAAACUGUCAGCUACUAUGUUACAAAUGCCUGGUACAUGAAAGCAAACCAAGAAGAAAUUGUGACAUGCUGCCAACCAAGUGAGUUUCCUGAGAAAUCUCAUGAUCGUUAGAGAUGAUGAGUGGCCCUUGUUGAUGAUAUGACAUGUGGCCUGGUUGUCUGAGUAGCAACGGACUGAUGACCUUGACCAUGAAUAUUAUGCCACAGCAGCUGCCACAAUGGGGUAGAUCUCAAAAAGAGCUGAGGUAGUGAAAAAACCUUCCAUAUCCUGGACUUCUUCAGGCCAACUACCCCAAAGCCAUUCAUUCCCAAAGAUUGCUGCGAAACCCGUGGUAGAUGCCGCAUCUGACCAUAUGGUUGGUGACAUGUCAGACAAUCCUGGGAAGAACAAGCUUUUACCAUUCCAUGUGGUUAAGAAUUUCUUCCACAUGUGCAGGUCUGCUGUGGCUUGAAUAUCUAGGGGCAGUCGAUGGUCGUCGUGUCGGAAGUGUGGAAAAAGACAAAGAAGUCUGGAUAUGAAAGCCCGACCUUGUGGUAUGAAACGCACAGCAAAUUUUAAGGAACCUAGAAGGGAUUGUAAUUCCUUGCGGUUGCAAGUACCCAGCAUGAUGUAGUGAUUGAUGCUGUUGAGAAUGUUUGUUGUGGUAAGCUUGCUUGCAUACAUUCAAGUUGUAUGCCCAGGAAUGUAAUGAUGAUAGUAUCUGGGCCUUCAGUUUUCUUAGGGGAUACUGGGACGCCCAAGUGGUCGAACUUUCUUCGGCAAACAAAAAGUCAUCUAGAUAAUGUAUGACUGUGGGGCAUCUGGAUAUGUUUAGUAAGAGCCAGCAAGGUGUUUCGGCGAAUGUGUCAAAGAUUUUGGGGCUACUUUUUGAACCAAAGGUUAAGCGGGAUAAGAAAUAGUAGUUGUCUGCCCUUUGAUGCUAUGUAAAUGCCAGAGUGUAGGGUGGAUUGGUAGUAAUUUGAAAGCAUUGGUGAUGUCUGUCUUGCUUAACCAGGCUCCACCACCUGCUUGGGUGAUAGCUGUAAUGGCAUGAUCUAUGGUGGCAUAUUGUAGGGAAAACUCCUCGGAGGGAAUGAGGAAGUUGAGACUUGGGGUAGUAGAGGUGUGAGGUGCCGAUAAAUCUAUGAUAAGUCUCUGUUUAAGGGAAGAUUUCCCUGUGACAAUCCCAAUGGGGUUUGUGCGCUAUGCAGUAAAUGGAGAGGUGUUGAAAGGCCCAAACAGAAACCCCUCUGCCAGUUAUUGGGCUAUGAGUGAGUCUACAGCCGUUGGGUUCUGCUGUGCUGAUUGUAAGUUAGGGCAUUCUAGAUGUCCUAAGGGCAUAUGUAUGAAACCUGUAUGGAACCCCUUUGAAAAUCCAGAUAUGAGAAAUUCUACUAAAUGUCUGGAAGGGUGAUUAGUCAGUAGUGCUGAAAAAGCAUGAAUGUUGGCAGACGUUAAGUACGGUUUAGUGUACAUUUUAUUGGGGCACAUGGUUUUUGCAUGCGCCCUAAAACAUUGUGAACAUAUAUGCAACGAUCUACAAGCACUGAAGCUACAUGUUCCCACAUUGAAAUUGUUGCAAAUCUGUGAUUUGCAAAAAAAUAUGAUAGGACGGCCCAGUUUGUCUCUAGUGUUUGGGGACUGAGAGUGGUCGUCCGUCGUGUUUGGAAAAACAUUUGUUGUAUGGGUAGUAGAAGAGCAGGAUGCACAAGCUGAUGUUUUAAGACCUGCAAAAUGUCUGCAGAAAAUCUCUGUAUCCAGUCUGCUCCAGCUGAUUCUGUUACCAAACUGGGAGAGAGUGCCAGACACUUUGGUAGAAAAUGACCUAUGAUAGUCAUAAGCCGAACCACCAUAUUUGUUUCCUAGGUCUACCAGAUUGUGCUUAUAUAGAUCAAAUUAUUCCCUUCUGCUAGGGUACACUGCACAAAUAACAUCUCUGUAUAUGCCAAAUGCCAAAACAAACUCAGGGAUGGUCAGUUUCCGGUUUAACCUGGAAUCCCUGGAUCUGACCACCACAGAUACAUCGUUAUACAUAUAGGUUUUGUUUUCCACAAUAUCCUGGGAGGCAAUUAGGAGAGAUGCUAAGUUGACAUCUUUACCUUCCAGGAUAUCUGUGUGCUGGGAUCAAAUGUGCCGGGUUAACGUCCUGAGUAUGAGAAGCAUUGAUUGUACCAGUUAACAGAGUUUUGGUUGGUGCUGGUUGUACAGUAGCGGGAGGUCCUGCCUUAGUGAGGGCUGUGGUGACCGACUCGAGAUUAGCCAGUCUGUCGUUAACUUUGCUCAUGAAGUUCAUGAGCAAGACUGACUAGCAAAGCCUGGAUGUCACCCAAGUUGGUGUUGCUGUGGCCUUCCCCCGCCUCCGUGUUAUCAGUUGAUGUGCGGAGAAGUUUGAAUAAUUCCACUUUUCUUGCUGUGGCUGGGUAGGGGAUUUGUCACCUCCUUAGCUCUGUGGUAAUGCGUGGGAUCGUCCAGGAUCUGAUUGAUGCUGGACUAGCAACAUCUCCUCUACAAGAAGGUGUUUUGAAGAGCUAAUUCUUAGCCACCUUCUUGAGACAUACUUAAAUGACAAUGAAGAUAGCAAUUAUUAUUUGAACCCCAGGGGUCUUGUACUAGCUUGCUAACUAAGUUGUAAGGUGAGACAAUUAGGCUUGGUGUUUUUUGGUGACUGGUGAGGCCCUGUUAGUUGCCAAGUGGCUUGAGAAGCUCUAUCUAUGCGUUGGCACGACGGGAUUUUUGUGGCCACCAAACAUAGUGGCAGGAUGUUGGCCUCUCGGUGACAGUAACCAGAAAAUAGGAAAGGGAGUGACAGGUGAGGCCCUCUGUAUGAUACAAUGCAAGUCGGCUAGCUCAUGAGAGGCCCGAUGGGUGAGUGUGAGGCGGGGUGUUGGCCUUGCGGGACCACUAAACCGAAGCAUAAUGCAGAGAAGAGGGGCAAUACCUAUUGGACUCUAAAACCCUCAUUGCCAGUACACUAUUAACUAUUCCAUGGAAGAUAGGAUAUGAAUAUACUAUGUGAGCAGGUAUACGUACUUGGUAGUAUGGUAUUGAACCUGACAAUCCGUAUAGGUUUUUAGUAGUACCUGUAACCUGAAUGGAUAAAAAAACCGUAUGACAUAAUGGAGUAUGGCAUAGACCAAGCCUAUUCUAAUAUGUGCAGUAUAUAUGAGAAAAAUAAAGUACCGUAACAUGUAAAUAUAAAAACCUUGUAACCAUCAUGGUUAAAAUAUGUAUCAAUCUUAACCCAUUGUGUGCUGCAUGUACAAGUGGAAAAUGCUCUGUGCCUUUCUUGUAUGCUAUAUGUCACCUUGCUAGGGAGAAUGUAUUAUACUGUAAGCAUAGUGCUGUGUGUAUGUGUUUAUGAAAAUAGAUUAUCGUUACAUAUAUGCAGAAAGUGACUGGCUACUUUAUAUGUGUAAGUCAUACCAGCUGGGAAAAAAAUUAUGUGGUAUGUGAAACAGCUGUUUGGCUAUCGGUAGGGGUCAGUAAUCAUAAGUGUUGUUUAAUUCCCCUGAAUCAAAAUGCAAUGUACCUGAGAUUUUAAGUGUGACCUGUAGGUGUCAGUGUAGUUAUUGCAAACUGCCGUUCGAUAGUUAUAUGUUCCGACCGUAAUGGUUGUAUGAAACAUAAAUGAAAGCAGAGCCUGUUCGGGAGUUGUUAAAUAUACGAACAUGUAGUCUGGUGUAAUAGGCAGUGACAAACAGUGAUCCCGUUCGAGGGAUUUAGAACCCCGAACGUGAACUAAAACCAUGGACAAUAAUAUAACAUGUUGUUCCCAUAUGGGAGAUAAUUGCAUGAAGGGUAAACCGUAUGUGUGACAGGAAAAUUUGUGAAACAAGCAUAUUUCCCGUUCAUGCGGUUUAAAAGCACGAACGACCAUUGCCAGAUAUGACAGGCAAUGAAAUGACCAUGUUCCCGUUCGAGAGUAUGCGAAUGCCCGAACGGGCAAGAUACAUAGUGAGCAAUCAAGAUACAUGUGCAUGAAUUUAAACGAACGGUUGAGUUUAAAGAUCGGUUGUGCACGAACAUGCAAAGUAUAGCAGCUGAACUAGACAAACGGAACCGUAAAGUGAGGACCUGACCCGUGAAUGAUGCCGUGGGACGAUGUCUGGCGUAACGGGUAGGUCAACUUACGGUUUGUGAGUCACUUUGACGCAAUCCGCGUCGAUGGACAGAAGAAAGAUGCUGGUCGGACGGAAAAGCCUGCGGCUGGAUUCAUGGACACAGCUCAGCUUGGAAGACCUCGUGGAGCAAAAGGUAUUCCCAGGAUGGCGUCUGGAUGAACCGGAAAUGGAUAUCAUUCAGAUGCUGACCUUGAACGAUAUGGAGCCAGGUAAGGGGUGUACCUUAUAUAGGCAAGUGUAUCUUAAGCCCCUCCCACAAUUACAUAUAUAUUUACAUAUGUGUAUAUAUAUAUAUAUAUAUAUAUAUCUCCUCAAAGAAAUAGCAAUUACAAGUCUUUUGUGCAAACUGUUUAUAUGAAUGAAUGAAACAAGGCUACAUCAGAAAAGCUUUAUCAAGAUGCCCAGGUGGGGCCGAAAUGUUGAUUUUCUGAUGUAACCUUGUUUCAUUCAUUAAUUUAAACUGUUCGCAUAAAAGACCUGUGAGUGCGCCUAUUUCUUUGAAGAUUUAUACAUAAGCGGAGGACAGCACCCUGGCAGAGAGGAGAAAGGUAGAGUGCCAGUAUUACAUAUUUAAGUUUUUUAUAUAUAUAUAUAUAUUGGAAGGCAGGGCCUGAAGUUGUGGGAGGGGCUAUAUCCCUUUAAAAGGGACUCCCCCUUCUACCUCAUUCACCGUCUGGUCCAGAUGCUCGUUUGAAUUGCUGGUUCCCAACGUGGUUUUCAGUUUCUCCUGACAGCUGCAUUUUCAAAGUUUCUGUUGCUCCUACUGCCGGUUUCCCUACUAAACAGUGAGUUGGCAGACCGGUAUCAUUGUACCGGUCUGCAGCCUACACAUAGCCUGACCCGCCGAGGUCCACGGCUACAGUAUUGUGGGGACAGAAACCCCCUCGCCAGGGCUGAUUCGGCUUGAUUCCCGCCGGGGGAUCAGGCCUCAUGCAGACCAGCCCUCCCUCCCCCUCCCCCCCUGCUGCCGCUCACUGCACAGCAGCCGGUUCAAGUUAUUCUGUAACCCAGCUCCUAACCCCCCCUCUCACUACACAACAGCCGGUUUAUGUGUCACCCGGGUCCUAACCCCCCCCCUCACUCCACAGCAGCCGUAGGACCCGGCUACUAACUCCUCUCCCCCUCUCUCCAGGAGUGGGGAACCCCCCCAGGCUCAUGGCAGGUAACGGUCAGGCGGCUAAUACAAUCAAGACCCCCACGGACCUAAUUCACGGGGGUCCGCGAUUUCUGCCACAAUAGCCGCACCAACCCGCCCCCCACCCCAACCUACAAGUGCCCUGUCACAUAAACUAUUGAAAAAAAAUAAAAAAUAAAAAAUACAUUUUUAAAUUAGAAGUUACUAUAUUUUGCAAGGCUCCUUGAUACCCUUUGGGGUAUCAGCAGCUUACAAAUCUCUCCUCCCCCCCCCUCCCCCCUCCUCUCUUACUUACCUACAGACAGGGGUUCACUCACACGGGCAGAGCUCCCUUCACAGCCUCAGCCAGAAAGCAUGUCAAAAAAUUACAGCAAUGCUGACGGCAAUACAAGUUGUAACCACUAGAUGUCGCCCUAUAAAUAGUAAUGUUACCUGGUAUAUUUCAAAGUCUGUGAUAUGUGUUAACAAUGGCAAUAUUAAAAAUGGUCAGAUUUAUAUAUUACGUUAGGAAUAAUAAAGUAUUCAUUUAAUUCAUGCACAACCGGUUACGUAUAGAUUUGUGGAAACAACUGUUUAAAGCAUAUAAGUCAGAUAUAAGCUGUUCUCGGGCACUAAAUUGUGAGGUAAUUAUGUGACUAAUCUACCUAAUAUGUGGAUCUAUGUGACUCAAGAAUAUAUACCAUAUACUCACACCACGGUUUCAAUUAAAUCUUCAGAAUUACUUGCGUGGUUAUAGACAAAUUGCAAAGUUCAAGAAUAUUUUCCCUUUAUUUGGUGACCUGGUAUACUGAUUCCCCUGGCAGGGUCAGAGACCGAGACAAAGACAAGUAUUAUAUUACUUCCUUGGUAUGUACAACAUAUGGGCGACGUAUGUCCCAUUAAUCAGACAUAUGACACUCAGUGCAUAUGCUCACAAAUGUAUGCUGAGUGCACUUUGUGCCAAGCAGAUAUUUGGGACACUGCCAUAACGGUUUAACAUGUGUUUACAGUCUCAAGAACCAAACUAAGACGGACUUGGCCUUCAGAACCUACUUGCACUCAACCUACAACCAUAGGUAUGUGAUCCUAGGACAUUCACCACAAAAGGUGGGGGGCAGGCUUCAGCUACAAGAUAGCAGUACACACUUAUAUGUACCUUAUGCCUUCCAUUCUGUCAUCCAGCACCGGGUUUAGGCCAUCCUCCCUAACAGUAAUCAAACUACUACAGGACUGCCAGGCAAACGUUGGGCACUCAGGUAAGUUAUCUCGGUUGCAGCAACCAGUAUAAGAAACAUCAACAUGCCCACUUAAGUAAUUCUCCUCCCAGGCACCUUCUGCCAUAGGGUUAGAGGUCCCGCGAGGCCAACUUCCAUCCUCGAUGUAAGAGGUAUUAAACCCCCACAGGCCAAAUCAUAGCUAGACGCCUCGCAUGUUGCAUAGCUAGGGCGUCAUCCGUCAUAACCCUCAAUUAACGAUAAAAUCUCCACUGGUAAAACACGUACAACAGAUCAACCCCACGCGCCAACCAUAGUUAAAUCCUACUAGCCACUUGGCAUUUAAUAGGGACUCACCUGCCACAAGUUUAAUGAAUUAUUUCGCCACUUUGGCACUAGUUAAACAUUUUACACUCUCCAUAAUGAAACUCACGAUUACAUACGUAUAUAUUUCAGUAUGUCCCAAGUUCAUGAAGAAGGAGAUGAACUAUCAAUGCCUAGUACACCGACCAGGACUGCCACCCCCACACGCAAAGGGGACAUCGGCAGCCCGUCAUCUAUUAGAUCAUGGACCAUCCCACGGAUCACGGCCGAACUACGCAAACGUAGUAUUCCUUAUCCAGCUACGGCCCGCAAGGCAGAAUUGUACAGGCUUAUGCAAGCCAAUCAGGACAAUUCUGACGCCAGGGAAGGCACUAGUAAUUCAAGCAAUGCUAAUCUGCAUACCAUGGUCGCCUCACUAGUGUCUUCCAUGGGGCAGAUAAAUGAGAGACUGGAAAGACUGGAAGCUCGUAGCGGUCCAGUUGUGACACCAGAGCCACCUGCUACCGAUAUCCCAGGGCCAUCACAAGCCCAACCUGGUAAUCCUAAUACCCCCACUAUCCUUGGGUCACAAGUGAUCAACCCAGCCCAUAUGGUACCAGCAAACCUUAGAAAAGACAUCCUGGAGGGCAAGGAUGUAAAUCUAGUCUCUCUGCUUAUUGCCUCCCAGGAUAUCACAGAGAACCGCGCAUAUACGUAUGGCGAUAUUUCUGUGGUCCUCAAGGCCAGAGAUCCUAGACUAAGCAAAAACUAGCAAUCCCAGACUUCGUUAUCACAUUCGGCAUAUACAGGGACGUACUGUGCUCAGUUUACCCACAGAGAAGGGAAGAGUUAGACCUGUACAUGCACAAGCUGGUAGACCUGGGCAACAAAUACGGUGGGUCAUCAUUUUACGAUUACCACCGUUCUUUUUCAACUAAAGCGGCAACAGCUCUCGCCCAGUACAACGCAAGAAUGGAUUGGAGCCUAAUGGAUACAGAGCUGUUCCUCAGGCACUUUGCCGGGCUAAGGUCUCCAGCUUGUGCAAUAUGUGGGGCUACCACGCACGCUGCAAAUCUCUGUCCUGUCUCCACAGACGAUGCCCCAAACAUUGCCACACCAAGCACUUCCAGGGGGGAGAAACAGGGCAGAGACAAGCUGGGUCGCCCUAUCGUGUAUUUGGGCAAGUCACAGAUCUGUAAUAAUUUUAAUGUUGGGGCUUGCUCCUAUAGUGCUUGCCGUCUACUGCAUAUCUGCUCCCAUUGUUUCAGGGCACAUGCAAAGGCUAUGUGCCCUAAUAAAAUGCACAUUAAACCCUACCUAACUACUGUGAAUGUUGAUGUUCUGGCAGGGCUUCUCUCCAAGCACCCUUCUACACAUCUUGUGGAGUAUUUGAUUGCAGGGUUUUCUAAAGGGUUUCAUACUGGCCUCAUUCACAUACCAGGGGGUACAUGGGAAGCCAACAACCUCCAGUCCGCCCUUUGUGACACAGACGCAGUAGACUACCUACUACAAAUUGAACAAGACCAAGGAUUUGUCUUAGGUCCAUUUAUUGACCCGCCGUUCUCUAAUUGGAGAACAAAUCCCAUUGGACUAGUCACUGGGAAAACAUCUAACAAACAAAGACUCAUUAUAGACCUGUCUGCUCCACAUGCUUCGGUGAUACCCAGCCUCAAUUCCCUGAUCCCGUCAGAGGCAUUCUCUUUACAAUACACCACCAUAGACGACGCCAUAUCCACCAUCAUCUCAGCAGGCAUAGGCGCAUGGUUGAGCAAAACCGACAUAGUUAACGCCUUUAAACUACUCCCCAUACACCCGUCGCUGUGGCAUUUGCAUGGUAUCAAAUGGAGAGGCCAGUAUUACUUCUUCACAAGGCUCACCUUUGGAUCCAAGAGCAGUCCUAAAAUAUUUGACACUUUCGCAGAGACCUUGUGCUGGCUGCUCCUGAAUACCAGCAGGUGCCAUAGCGUCAUUCAUUACUUGGAUGACUUCCUUUUCAUAGAAAAUAACGCUACCCCCCCUAACAGUUUACACAAAGCCAUGCAUUUAUUUAACACCAUUGGGGUUCCAGUAUCUCCCACCAAGACAGAAGGUCCAGAUACAAUCAUUCAGUUUUUGGGGAUACAACUGGACUCCAUAACUAUGGAAGCCAGCCUCCCUAGAGAUAAGAUUGACAACACCACUCAGACCAUUGAGCAGUACUUGUGCAUAGGCUCAUGCAAUAGGAAAGAGCUUCAGUCACUGAUUGGCUCGCUAAAUUUUGCCAUUCGUAUUAUACCCCAAGGAAGAGCAUUCAUUUCCAGACUCCUGUGCCUUCUUCCGACACUAACGGACGAACACAAACGUACCACUCUUGAUAGGCAAGCCACAGCAGACUUACACAUGUGGAACUUGUUCCUGUCAAACUGGAAUGGCAGGAGCAUGUUCCUCCCCCAAGUCACAGAGGAUUCCCCUACCAUUUGGACUGACGCAGCAGCCUCCACAGGUUUUGCAGCCAUUUUUGGGGACAACUGGCUAUGGGGUAGAUGGCCGGAAGAAGUUAAGCAAAUAGAAGGCUUUUUUAGGAAUUCUGCACUCUUUGAAGUGUACCCCAUAGUAGCAGCAGCAGUCACAUGGGGACAGUCUUGGGCAGGUAGACCAGUUCGAUGUUUUUCUGACAACUUGGCGAUUUGCCACGUCAUAAACAAAGGCCGGUCUACCUCUCUAACCAUCAUGAGUUUUAUCAGACGUCUUACGUGGUUGGCGGCCUGUCAUCAGUUUCAUCUAGUAUGUUACCAUGUACCGGGUAUCUAUAAUACAGCCGCUGACCAGCUGUCCCGCUUUCAGUUUCAGGCGUUCAGGGAGUCUCUACCAACAGCGUCACCGGUAGCCACGAUCGCUCCCCAACUCCAGGAUCUAAUCAUGGACUAGAGGAAUUAUUACAACACAGCAAGAUACUUACAAAACUCGCUCUCGCAAAAAACACGCAUAGCGCAUAUGAUAGAGCUUACUACCUAUACAAGAAAUUCAUGGCAGACCAUAAUCUCACAAAUUGGUUUGACAAUGUAACAUUGGUGGCUUUUGCCACAUUUUGCCACAUUAAGUUAAAAAUGUCGCAUAAUACCACAAAACUAUACCUCACAGGUAUCCAACAUCAUAUGUUCACAGAACAUCCUAACAACCAAGGGUUUCUCACCUCCUACCCCAUUAAAACCCUCCUUAGGGGUAUGCUCAAAUCGCAAGGACCUACACCGCAACGUAGGGAGCCUAUAGACAUUCAACUGUUUAAACGUUUGUCAAACCUACUAGAUACCACACCGUUCGAACCCCUUACUAACACCACUCUUAAAACGGCCAUAUACUUGGCUUUUUACGGUUUCUUACGACCCAGAGAAUUUACCAUUACUAGGCAACACGAGUCCAAGCAUUGCCUCCGGUAUUCUAACUUGUACAAAAAACAGGACCACUACGUAUUAAGCUUACCUUCAACUAAGACCAGCCAGAUGGGGCACGAGGUUCUUAUUCAAUACUACCCCACCAACAACGCAUGGUGCCCGGUGAAAGUUUUUAACAACUAUCUACAGUCAUCACCUACACGAACCUCACUCGCUCUCCUUUCACUGCACGGCACAGCACUCACUACCGCCAAAUUUGUGAUGUAUAUUCGUUUACUAUUGACCAGACUCGGCUUAAACGCCGCAAACUAUUCUGGGCAUUCAUUCCGGAUAGGGGCAGCCUCCACAGCCUCAGGCCUAGACAUCCCGGUUCACAUCAUAAAAACCUUGGGCCGCUGGAAGUCAUCCGCUUACGCUGUUUACAUACCACAGCCAACACAAGAAUUAAGACAUGCGUUUGUGAAAAUGUCAUCGUAAAUAUGCUAACUCAUUAUAUGGGUAUUCCUUUUUGCCCUCUUAUUAACAGGCCUACCACACACGUCGGUUUCGGCACACCUCUACCGACUUUUAAUUAUUAUGAUAAGUAUACUCACUAGCUAUUUCAUACUAUACUGAAAUGGCCCCGAAUACAAAUUGGAAGGCAGGGCCUGAAGUUGUGGAGGGGCUAUAUCCCUUUAAAAGGGACUCCCCCUCCUACCUCAUUCACCGUCUGGUCCAGAUGCUCGUUUGACCCACCCUCCUCUCCCUCUAUUCAAAUACUAUUUAAGGUGGGCCCUCUUAUUUACAGGCCUACCACACAUGUCGGUUUCGGCACACCUCUACCGACUUUUAAUUAUUAUGAUAAGUAUACUCACUAGCUAUUUCAUACUAUACUGAAAUGGCCCCGAAUACAAAUAUAUAUAUAUAUAUAUAUAUAUAUAUAUAUAUAAUCUCAUGAUCCUAGUUAUUCUGUAAAUCUUUGUAUCACAUGGGAUUUAAUUGUGGUCUAUUUCCAUCUAACUUGCAAAAACUAUUAUUUUACAGAAUGGAAUGAUUACUAAAACAUAAAAUUCAUGAUAAAAGACUGCAGAUUACAUAUCUCUGUGCAUAUUAUUUUGUAAUAUGUGUGCAUGUGUGUGUAUGUAUGUAUGCAUGUAUGUAUAUAUAUGUGUGUGUGUGUGUGUAUAUAUAUAUACACACAUAUACAGAUAUCCAUACAUCCUUGGGGCGCCCAUUUUUUCAGUCCUCUUUGGUCAGAAGCACGGAUUAUCCUGUCAAGAACUCUGCAGGUAAUGAAGAGUUAGUGUGCAACAAUGCACAAGUGCCAGCAAUGUCAAACAUGUGUAGUUUUAGAACGUCCGAUUGUUCAUGGUCUUAGAAGGUAAGUGCUACUUCUGACUAAAACAUGGUAUAAAUGGAUGCAAGGAUAAGCCUGGAGAUGAACUAAUAUUGGUUAUCAAUGUAUAUAUAUAUACACUACAAAGUAAUACACAGUGAGGCUUGUAAUCUUUUAUUUUCAGUAAUAAUAUAAAUGAUGACAGUUUUCCUUUCGGCUGCUAUAAUACAUCAAAAGUAUUACACAUUUCUCUCUAUUCACUAGUCACCGUCACUAUACCGGAUCUGUUCCACAAAGUAUCCAGCCAUGUCAUAUAAAAAUAGAGACAUUUAUUGAAUAAGAUGCAAGAAACAUUGUACAUAUAACAAUGAUGCCACAGUCCCCUUCAAAGUUGGCACCUUGGGACCUCAGUUCUCCCAUAGUCUCUUCCAAUGUUCAAAACAUUCUGCAAAAUCCUUUCUGAGAAUUGCCAUCAGCGAUCUCGUCAUGUUAACCUAAAUCUCAUUGAUGGUCUGAAAUCUCUUCCCUUUCAAGGUGAUUUUAGUUUUGGGAAAAGCAUGAAAUCGCAGGGCGGAAAUCUUUCAACAGAUUCCUGACCAUCUUUGAAGCAUUUGUGCUGCACUCAUUGCACUGUCCUCAAAAGCCUUCUGAAUCAUCUGAAUAGUUUCCGUAGAAGAAUGUUCCAGCUUAACUCAAAAUUUGAUGCAGAUUUGCUGUUCUCCUCGCUCAGUAAUUUUGAGUGUGAUUGCCACACAGUACACAUGCUCACUCAAUGGCUAGCUUCCCCACUGACUAGUACAGUGAAGUCGAUAUUGUUCACGCAAGCGCAUUCCAGUCCACUUUCCUUGGAUGACAGGUUACAUUGAUGUCGCGCAAACAGUUAUAUUAACAAUGACUGGACUUUUUUCUGGAUAAACCUUGUAUAAUGAUAUGCUUUGCACAGCCCAACCUUAUUCUUGGUUACACUCUUUAGUCUUAGCUGCAGCCUUUCCUGAUUCCUUCUUCCAUUGUUCUAUGGCUCUACUGGUUACUUCACGGACCUAAUCCUAAUUUUCAUCUCUAGGAUCUGUGGCUACCAUAUUUCAGCAUCACGACCGACAUCAGCUCUUCUACAAUGCGAGUUCACAAAGAAGGUAAGAGGUAUGCGAGCAUAGAUUGUAACAAAUACGAAUUGGUAGGGAAAAGUACAUACAAAUGUAAAAUAUGAUAAACAGCACUGACCUGCUGACACCCACUUAGCUGCCAGUUUUGUCCGAGAAAGGUGGCUGUACGCGUUUUCUACAGAGAUCGCAUGCCACUCUGUGUGUACUUCACACCAGUAACAAUUUCAGUCCUUCUCCUACAGGCUGCUUAUGGCGUUAUGUUCGAGCCAGUGCCUCCUAUACCCCUUAUCUUCCUCCACUCUGUGACCCCCAGGAUUCCCACCUGCUCCUGGAUGGCUGCUAUGUGAAUAACCUGCCAGGUCAGUACUUUUAUUUUAAUUUCGAUAGGAGUCAUUUUACAGUGACUUCUUCAAGCAUAAUGUUAUUGCGUUCUCUUCCCUUAAUCUAACUCCUAUAUCACAAACCUGUGCUGACAUUUUACUUUUCUCCAAUAUGCAUCUCUUGCGUUUUCCUUUUAAUUUACCUUUUUAUGUUCCUUUAUUGAUUUUCUUGAGUUUUCAAUGUAUUUCACUGAUGACUUUAAUUUUUUAUUGAUAUUUUUCCUACACUUAUUUUUAAAUUUUCCUCUUAUAUAUAAUUCUCAGUUACAUCCUACUUGCCCUAAUGCUCUAUGACAUCUCCAGUUUUGCACCAUUUUCAGCGGACGUGGCUCAUUCCCUUGGAGCCCGCACUGUUCUUGCAAUUGAUGUUGGCCAGCAGAAGGAGUGGAACACAUGGAACUAUGGAGACAGCUUGUCUGGCUGGUGGCUGCUGUGGAAUAGACUUAACCCCUGGAGUGAAAAAGUCAAGGUAUUCAGCCUUUGGCAUACAAAGUUUACAUAUGUCUUCUGUGUUAAAGAGCCGUGUGCAGGAUUUGACAAAUGCAUUAUUUCUUACAUUUCAUAUAUUCAAUAAAAGCUAUCAAGUUUUUAUUAUGACUGUAAAGUAUUACAUGUAAUGUAUUCUUGGCAUGCAUUAUUUGGUUACUCCAUUCAUUAAGUGUUUUGAAGUGGUUAUGGUGCUUCAUGUCUUUAUGUUUAGAGCUUUGGUGUAACUCUAUUAAAUCUAAAGUGCUAGUAUUAAGCCACAAAUGUGAGAAUGCCCCAAAAAAGAUUCACAUGCUUUAUUGGGGAGGAAUACCCUAAACCUGUUCUAACAAUUAUACAAAGUGACAUUUAGUGAAAUUAACACACAUCCUUUUAAAGGAGCGGUCAUUUUAUUAAAAGAAACCUAAAACACCAAUGUCAGAUGUAAAAUAUAGACCAUCACAGGAUGCCUACCACUCCACCAAAGUACCCCAAUAUUGUUAUAUCCUAGGAUGGUUUUUUUUCACACACAAUAUAUCUUCAAUUUUCAGUUCUUCCCUAUGUUUUAAAUAAACCUAUGUAGAUGGUGUAAUGCCAACGUUAAGAUGUAUGUCUUAUAUAAUAAUGUGAUGUGCAGGUGAGUGCUGAUUGCAAUAUAUAUAUGUGUAUAUAUAUAUAUAUAUAUAUAUAUAUAUAUUUAUUUUACAUGUAACGCCAAGCCUCCAUAGCAAGCCAGUAACCAACCUCAUGCUGAUGAGUUGCAUUAACAACGAAACGGCUGUCCAUGAGUGGUUCACUGGCUUUGCUCCUCUUCCUGAGUUGUGUUUCAAAGCUGUUGUAUACAGCAGACACAGACUCAAAGGAAUCCAUGUUUAAAUUGGAAUGAGGCAAACAUGUGGGUCUUUGUUGAGUUCAUUUGCAAAUGCCUACCCAGAAUCCCUUGCAGCAGUGAGAGCACUGUUAAAGUAAGAUUUCUGUGGGAAAGCAAGUGUUAUGACUUGCCUGGUGUGUGUAUUUGUGUUUAGUAAUGUAUUUUAUAUAUAUAUAUAUAUAUAUAUAUAUAUAUAUAUAUUUGUGUAAGGGGCAAAUAGCCGUAUAUGGAGUAAGGAUCCAGCAUAAGCGUAGGAUAGUAUAAAGGGAGCAAGUCGGUUGUGGUGUGCCGAGACCGACGAUACGGUAGGCCUGUAAAUAAAGAGGGCCCACCAAGGAGUAAGAAAGUAAAGUAAAUGGAAAGAAAAGAGAAAGUGUUGAAAUGAGGAGUGGGUGGGAGGGUCAUUCUGAUGCUGACCUCAAGCGAUAUGAGUCAGGUAAGGGGUGUCCCUUAUAUAGGGGAGUGAAUUAAUUUAAGCCCCUCCCACAAAUACAGGCCAAACGGCCUUAAUACUUGUGUAAGGGGCAAAUAGCCGUAUAUGGAGUAAGGAUCCAGCAUAAGCGUAGGAUAGUAUAAAGGGAGCAAGUCGGUUGUGGUGUGCCGAGACCGACGAUACGGUAGGCCUGUAAAUAAAGAGGGCAAAAAUGAAUAAUCAAAGAUUUAAUACAGUCAACAAAUAUAUACAAAUUAACCAGACAUUUCCUUAAAAGCAUUACAGUAUUUAAUUCCUGAAAGGAUUUUGAAGGUAGGAAUCUAGGACCGAAAGUGGACACCAUUUGUUGUGGGUAGGAUAGUAUGUUAUCUCUACUGUUGGUGCGUGUUGACUCGUUUCGGAAUGUGGUAGAGCCAAUAGGUAAUGAUAUAUGUGUUUACGUACGUGGGAUCAUUGAAGACAAUGAUCUGUCUGAGUGGUGGUGAUGGUAGUGGAUUCUCUGGCCUGAGAAAGGCAUAAAAGGCAAUGUGCAUAGCUGGUAAUGGCCGACUUGGUAGUAUAAUUGAAUGGUUGUAGAUCUAAUAGGUCCGAUAAUGAUGAAAAGUUGGAUGGCUAUUGGUAAUCUCUGAGAGGAACGUGGGGGAAUGGAUUCCUGAAAACCUCUGAGUAUAUUCUUGUCUGGUAUGAUAGCAUGAAGUUAUGGUAGUUUUGGCCAUAGGUUAUCCUGUGUUGUUGAAUGCCUUUAAAAUAUAUAAUUAAUGGUGUGUGAGAUAGUUUAAGUUUAAGGUGGCAAAAAGAAGCAAAACCUAGGAGAAAUGUUAUGACACAGGUUGAGCUAUGUCGUGUGCCAAUGAGAUUCUUUAAGCCAGGUGAAAAGCUGUGUUAUGUGUUCUACAAGUAUGGGACGAAAGUGCUAGGUGGGAUAGUGCAUGCUAUGCUACAUGAGUAUGUCUAAUCCAGGAUUUUGUCUCUGGAACGAAAGAGUGGCCGUGACUGUAUGGGCGGCUGUAGGAAGCGUAUGAUGAACAUGCCUGGAAUAUAAAUGAGACAGUUGUCGGCAGGGAUGUAUACCCCCGUCUGGUACAUGAAAGUGAAAUGUGAUAAGUGGCCAACCAAGUGAGUUCCCCAGAAAUAUCAUGACCUUAUGGAUGAGUAGUGGCGUUUGUUGAUGAUAUGACAUAUGCUUAGUUGCCUGAGUAACAAUGGAUUGAUGACCCUGACCAUGAUUUACCCCAUGCCUCAGCAGCUGCUACAAUGGGGUAGAUCUCCCAAAGGGGCUGAGGUGGUGGAAAAAUUUCCAAACCUGGAUGCCAUCGCCAACAGCUCCAAAGCAAUUGUUCCCGGUAGAUCGCUGCCAAACCCGUGGUAGACGCUGCGUCUGACCAUCUGGUUGGAGAAGUGUCAGACAAUCCUGGAAGGAACAUGCUUUUACCAUGCCAAGUGGUUAAAAAAUUCCCCCCCAUGUGCAGGUCUGCUGUUGCUGAGGUGUCUAGGGACAUCCUCUGAUCGUCAUGUUGGAAGUGUGGAAAAAAGGGGAAAGUACUCUGGAUGUGAAAGCGUGGUCUUGUGGUAUGAUUGGCAUGGCAAAAUUAAGGAACCUGGUAGGGAUCGUAGUUCCUUGCAGUUGUAAGUACUAAGCAGGAGGUAGUGAUUGAUGUAGUUGAGAAUGUUCCCUAUUUGUCUUGUGGUAACUUGCGUGUAUGGAUGCCGACUCAAGUCAUAUGCCCAGUAAUGUGAAGAUAGUGUCUGGGCCUUCUGUUUCUUAUGGGGUACUGGGACGCCCAAGUGGUCAACCAGACUAAGCUGCCGUGAGGCUUCUAGUGAAAAAUAUGCUUUCUUUGAUUAACAAGAAGUCUUCUAGAUAGUGUAUGACUGUAAGGCCUCUGGAUAUGUUAUCAUAACCAGCACAAAGUAUCUGCGAAUAUCGAUAGUAGGCUAAUCUGUAGCUCGAAAGUUGAGCGGGGAAAGGAUUGCCCAAUUUAUGCCAUGUAAGUGCCAGUGUGUAGGGUAGAUGGUAGCCGUUUACUGCGUUGAUGAUAUUGGUCUUACUUAACCAAGCUUCAACCCAUGCUUGAGUGAUAGCUGUAAAGGUAGAUCAAUGGUGUUGUAUAGUAAGAAAAAUCCUCGGAGGGUAUGAGGGAGUUGAGACUUGGGGUAGCGGAGGUGUGUGGUGCCAAUAAGUCUAUGGUUAGUCUUUGUUUAAGGGAAGAUUCCUUGUGACAAUACCAAUGUGUGUGUUUGGUGCCAUGCUGUAAAUGGUGGAGAUUGGAAGACCCCUCUGCAAAUCUUGGCUAUGAGUGUGUUUACAGCCAAUGGUUUUGUUGUGCUGACUGUAAGUGAGGGCAUGCUAUAUUCCUUGAAGGUGUGUUUAUGAUACCUGUAUGGGAGCCCUUUGAAGCUCCAGAGCUUUAGUAAAUCUACUACAAGUCUGGAAGGGUGAUGAGUCAGUAGUGUUGAAAAUGCAUUGGUGUGUACAGAUGGUGAAUACGUUAUUUGUAAGUUGUAUUGGGACACAUGGUUUGUCAUGUGCCCUGAACUAUUUGAACAUAUAUGCAACAGUCUGUAUGCAAUGCAACUACUCAUAUCAGUGGUCUCUGGUAGUUCAGAGGUGCUGGUACCUGGAGAGUGCUCGUCCUUUUGUUUGGGACAAAAUCCCUUCUGUAUGGGUACCUGCACAAAUAAACAUCUCCACAUAUUCCAAAUGCCAACCCAACCAAGGGAUGGUGAGUUCCCGAUUUACCUGGAAUCCCUGGAUCUGACCAUCACAGAUACAUCAUCAUACAUAUAUAUGCCUUGCUUCCCCAAUGUGCUGGGAUCAUACGUGCAGGUUUAACAUCUUGUGUGUCAUAAGAAUUGAUUGUACCAGGUAACCGAGUUUCGGUUGGUGCUGGUUGUACAGUAGCGUGAGGCCCAGCCUUGUGAGGGCUGUGGUGACCAACUCGAGAUUGCCAGUCUGUCAUAAAUUUUUUGGCUCAUGAGUUUAUGAGUGAAGCUAGCAUAGCCUGGGUGUCACCUGAGUUGAUGUAGCUGGGCCUUCCCCUGCCUCCGUGUUGUCCGUUGAUGUAUGGAGGAGUUUGAAUAACUGCUUUCCUUGCUGUAGCAGGGUAGGGGAUUUGUCACCUCCUUAGGUCGGUGGUAAUGUGUGGGAUCGUCCAGGAUCUGAUUGCUGCUGGACUAGCAACAUCUCCUCUGCUUGAAGGUGUAUCAAUUCUAGCCGGGGUGCUAGGAAGAGGUGAUUCUUCACCAUCUUUUUGAGAAAUACUUAAAUAACAAUAAAGAUUGCAAUUAUUAUUUGUACCCAGGGUUCUUGUACUGGCUUGCUAGCUAAGCCGUAAGGCGAAACGAUUAGGCUUGGUGUUUUUUUGGUGACUGGUGAGGCCCUGCUAGUUGCCAAGUGGCUUGAGAGGCUCUAUCUAUGCUUGGCGCGAGGGGAUUUUGUGUGGCCACCGAACGUUGUGGCAGGAUGUUGGCCUCUCGGUGACAGUAACCAGAAAAUAGGAAGGGGAGUGACAGGUGAGGUCCUCUCUAUGAUACAAUGCGAGGCGGCUAGCUCACGAGUGGCCCGAGGGGUGUAUGCCUCCGAGUGUGAGGCGGGGUGUUGGCCUCGCGGGACCACUAACCGAAGCAUAAUGCAGAGAAAAAAGGAGGGUAAUACCUAUUGGGCCCUAGAACCCUAAUUGCCAGUACACUAUUACUAUUCCAGGGAAGGUAAGAGAUGGAUAACUACGUGAGCAGGUGUAUGUACUUGGUAGUAUGGUAUUGAACCUGACAAUCCGUAUAGGUUUUUUAGUAGUAACUGUAACCUGAAUGGAUAAAACCGUAUGGCAUAAGGAAAUAUGGCAUAGACCAAGCUUAUCUUAAUACGUACAGUAUAUGUGAAAAGUAAAGUGACGUGAUGUGUAAAUAUUAAACAUCGUAGCCAUACUGGUUAAAUAUGUAUCAAUCUUAACCCAUUAAGUGCCGUAUGUACAAGUGAAAAUGUGGUCUGUCCCCACCUUGUAUGUUGUAUGUCCCCUUGCUAGGGGAAGUCUGUUGCGGGAGCAGCGUGCUGUGAAAAAUGUAUGUGAACUAUAUUACCAGUUACAUAUAUACAGAUGCGUCUGCUACUGUGUAAUAAUAUAUGUAUUUAUACCAGAUGUUGAUAUAGUGCUUGCUAUGUGAAUUGUUGUAUGUCUUAUUGAAUGGUAGGGGUCAGUGAACAUGGUGUUGCAAAAUGCAAGUGCACUGGAGAUCUGCCGAGUACCCUAUAGGUGGCAGUGUAGUUGGAUACUGAUUGGUAUGUGAAAUGUUGUUUGUCUGUUGACCUAUAGGGGUGAGUGUUUUGGUGUUUGUAAAACCCCAUGAAAAUUGUCAAUGUACUUGACAGACCUGUAGGUGGCACUGUUGAUAGAACCACUGUUGGUCUUGAUGUGAAAUGUAAAUUAUUGUGAAUUAAACCUGAAGUUGAGCCCGUGCUGGAGUUUAAUUUAUGGUCUAUAGUUAUGUUUAAAACAAUCUUAUGUGUAAUUUAUAUUGGCUGGUAAAUUGUAUAUGACAUGUGAAGACAGUUUUGCUGUUGACCAGUAGGGGUCAGAAAUGCUGAUUGUAUGUUAAAAUACCCUUUAACCCCUUAAGGACCAAACUUCUGGAAUAAAAGGGGAUCAUUACAUGUCACACAUGUCAUGUGUCCUUAAGGGGUUAAUGCUACCAUUUGACAGAUAGGAGUCAGUAUAAAAGCGAAAAAGCUGUAGUUAGUUUGUUUGCUUAUGAAGUGAAAUAAAAUCUGAGAAGCCUGUAGUAUACUGAUUGACCGGUAGGGGUCAGCAUGUAGGCGAAAAUGCCGUGGUUAGUUGGUUUGUACAUGAAAUGCAAUAAUGUCUGAGAAGCCUGUAGUACACUGAAUGACCGGUAGGGGUCAGUGUGUAGGCGCAAAUAAAGUAGUUCGUUGGUUUGUACAUGAAAUGCAAAAAUGUCUGAGAAGCCUGUAGUACACUGAAUGACUGGUAGGGGUCAGUGUGUAGGUGAAAAUGCAGUGGUUUAUUGUUUUGUACAUGAAAAGCAAAAACGUCUAAGAAGCCUGUAGUACACCGAUUGACUGAUAGGGGUCAGUGUGUAGGUGAAAAAUGCAGUGGUUUGUUGGUUUAUACAUGAAAUGCAAUAAUGUCUGAGAAGCCCGUAGUACACCGAAUGACCGGUAGGGGUCAGUGUGUAGGCGCAAAUGCAGUGGUUCGUUGAUUUGUACAUGAAAUGCGAUAUCUAAGAAGCCUUUAGUACACUAAAUGACCAGUAGGGGUCAGUGCGUAGACGCAAAUGCAGUGAUUCGUUGAUUUGUACAUGAAAUGCAAUAAUGUCUGAGAAGCCUGUAGUACACCAAAUGACCAGUAGGGGUCAGUGCGUAGGCGCAAAUGCAGUGAUUCGUUUAUUUGUACAUGAAAUGCGAUAAUGUCUAAGAAGCCUGUAGUACACCAAAAACCGGUAGGGGUCAGUGUGUAGGUGAAAAUGAGGUGGUUUAUUGGUUUGUACAUGAAAAUGCAAAAAACGUCUAAGAUGCCUGUAGUACACCGAAUGACCGAUAGAGGUCAGUGUGUAGGUGAAAAAUGCGGUGGUUGGUUGGUUUGUACAUGAAAUGCAAUAAUGUCUGAGAAGCCUGUAGUACACUGAAUGACGGGUAGGGGUCAGUGUGUAGGUGAAAAAUGCGGUGGUUGGUUGGUUUGUACAUGAAAUGCAAUAAUGUCUGAGAAGCCUGUAGUACACUGAAUGACGGGUAGGGGUCAGUGUGUAGGCGAAAAUGCAGUGGUUCGUUGGUUUGUACAUGAAAUGCAAUAAUGUCUAAGAAGCCUGUAGUACACCCAAAGACCGGUAGGGGUCAGUGUGUAGGCGAAAAUGCAGUGGUUCGUUGGUUUGUACACGAAAUGCAAUUAUGUCUAAGAAGCCUGUAGUACACCCAAAGACCGGUAGGGGGUUUAAACGAAUGAUACAUGAACAUGCAAUGGUUUUAGAACAGACAGACAAAAUGAAGCAGUAAAGUGAGGACCUGACCCUUGCAUGGUGCCGUGGGACUGAUGCCUGGCGUAACGGGUAGGUCGACUUACGGUUUGUGAGUCACUUGGACACCAUCCACGGCGAUGGAUUGAAAAAAAAAAGGUGGUAGGCCGGAAAAGCCUGUGGCUGGAUUCCUGACACAGCUCUGCUUAAGAACGCGAUUGGUGCAGCAUUUUGAUGAAAAAGGGGGCGCGGCAUGGCUGGAAGCUUGGUGCUGGAACAGAGGUAAGUUUUUAUUAAAUAAAAGCCUCAAAAAUUAGUUUUAUUAAAUGAACGUUCAUAUAAAAGGCUGAGGGACCUGUCUUUCUUGCUUUUAUAUGUAGACUAUAGUGUCCCUUUAACCCCUUAAGGACACAUGACAUGUGUGACAUGUCAUGAUUCCCUUUUAUUCCAGAAGUUUGGUCCUUAACGUGUUAAAGGUAGGGAGAGAGUGUUAUAGAGAAGCAGGAAAUGUUACCAGAAUGCUUGGUUGUAUAGGGAGAGGUAUUAGCAAUAGAAAGAGGGAAGUGCUCAUGCCAUUGUACAGAACACUGGUAAGACCUCACUUGGAGUAUUGUACUCCGUACUGGAGACCGUAUCUCCAGAAGGAUAUUGAUACUUAGGGGAGAUUUUGGAGAAGGGCUACUAAACUGGUUCAUGGAUUGCGGGAUAAAACUUACAAGGAAAGGUUAAAGAAGCUUAACAUGUAUAGCUUGGAGGGAAGACGAGACAGGGGGAUAUGAUAGAAACAUUUAAAUUCAUAAAGAGAAUCAACACCGUAAAGGAGGAGACCAUAUUUAAAAGAAGAUAAACUACCCCAACAAGAGGACAUAGUCUUAAAUUAGAGGGUCAAAGGUUUAAAAAUAAUAUCUGGAAAUAUUACUUUACAGAGAGGGUAGUGGAUGCAUGAAAUAGACUUCCAGCUAAAGUGGUAGAGGUUAACACAGUAAAGGAGUUUAAGCAUGCGUGGGAUAGGCAUAAGGCUAUCCUAACUAUAAAAUAAGGCCAGGGACUAAUGAAAGUAUUUAGAAAAUAUGGCAAACUAGAUGGGCCGAAUGGUUCUUAUCUGCCGCCACAUUCUAUGUUUCUACGUGAGUUUGAACAGGAUGAGUUGGAGUCCUGUCAAAUUGAUUGCUUUAUGGUAUCUCGGUGGGGUUUUGUCUCUCACAUAUUCCUAGCAGUUUCUUCUUUUGCUGUUUUUCUUUUAGGUUCCAGACAUGGCAGAGCUGCAGUCUCGCUUGUCCUAUGUCUCUUGCGUGCGUCAGCUGGAACAAGUAAAGCUCAGUGGAUACUGUGAGUAUCUGAGUCCUCCUGUCCAGCGCUUCAACACUACAGAUUUCAACCGCUUCCAGGAGAUACAUGUACGUUUGCAUUAUUUUGCUUUCCUAUCUUAACCAACUGCACUCUAGACGUUAAAACCACUCCCUGGCGUUCAGAUGAUUAAUUCUCUUUAGUUUUACAUCUUCAUGUAGUAUCCCACCGUUUUCUAAUGUAGCAAUUUCAAAACAUGGGGAUGCUGUUGUAUUUAUAAAUUUUAUUUAUUAUUAUUAUUAUAGUCUUAUUUUAUAAUCUUUGAUCAAAAGUUCAAUCUAUAUAUACAAUAUAAAGGAAUGCCACACACAUUAACUUCUCUUUCUGUAGAAAGGGGGUAGUUUAUGCAAUAAUACUUAAAAAGAAGCUGUCACUUCCUCACUUUCAGCAUAACCCAACAGCUAAAUGCAAUUAUAGCCUUAGGCAUUGCUACAAUUAUUAUACAAAUUCUCUAUAGUUAAUAGAGAAUCUUGCCUAGCAAAUUAUGAUAUGCUAGCCUGGCAAAUUAUUCAAAUUAGUUAACUCUUACAGUACCGUACGUACAGCGCAUGCAUGCAGACAGCGCGGCUAGAAUAAAUGCCUGAUGCAAUUGUUUGAUCGGCCAUCAAGCAUGCAAUGCAAAAGAGCAGCAGAGGUAAUUUUUUUUUUUUUUACUUAGCUCUGCUGUUCUGCUCACUCCAAAAAAAAAAAAAUGCUGAAAUAGCAUCUACUGGGGUGAAGGAACAUGGAUCUGUCACUAUGUUGGGAGUGUUAAUUCUGUUUUAAUCUGUUAGGAGCAAAAUGCAAGAUUGAUGUCAGAAAUACAUUUUACAGAGUAUUGUAGGUACAUAAUAUAGCUUACCAGUAGAUGACAGAGGCUGAAAUAGUGAGAGAGUUUGAGAAGGACUGGUUUGAACAUGCUGUUGUCCAAAGCAGGAAAUUAAAUCUAGAAUAAAGCCUGGGCAGACUAGAUUAGCCAGAUUGUUUUUGUUUGCCAAACAGCUUACCCUAAAAUGUACUGUUUCUCUUCAUCAGGAUGUGGGUUAUGAGUAUGGAAAGCUUAUUUUUACUGAAUGGCACCGUGGUGAUCUCAUUGAGAAAAUGCUGAAGGAUAGAAGCACUCCUGAAUUUUAUCAGCAUCAAGAGCGUUCUGUAAGUCUAAUGUCACUACUGCUUCUUCUACCUAAUCGCUCGUGUUAUUGAUAUAUUUUAUUGUGUGUCAUUACCACUGGAUAAACUGCCAUCACUCUGAUUGUUCUUGUAGGAUGAAGUUGUACCAGGAUUCACAGACCUGGCAGAAAUUGUCUCUCGUAUUGAACCUGCAGCAAGCCAAAAAUCAUUCACAGAGCAGAAAAUAGGUGAGUGACCACAGUACGCAAGAUGUAGGAAUCAUUCUGUUAGUAAAAUUAAUUAUUUCUUUAAGAGGUACUGCUGUAAAAAAAUGGUUGUAUGUGUAAAUUGUUUAGUAUUUGUGAAAAUUGUCUUUUUUGUUGUUUAUUUUUUAUACUUCACCUCCCCUGGCCGUCACUAAUAUUCUGAUAGAUACAACUAAUUAAAUCCAGUAUACUUCACUUCAAACUAACUUUAUAUCCCACAAAAUAUUUAUAACUAUUCUAAUAGUUAAAAUAAUACAGAUAUACACACGCACUCAAAUACACACAACGCCAUACAGCCACAAGGCCCAUGUACUCCUUAUUAUUUGCCUGCAUUUUAUAAUUUAGUUUGAUUUGUUUUUUCAGUACAUAGAGGUGAUCAAGGGCAAGUUUCUGGCAAGGCAAAUUUAUGCUCUACUGUUGUAACCUCCAAAGGGUCACCUAUAUUGGAAGGGCGGGUUGCUGAACCCUAAAAGAACCUGAUCUGCAAACCACAACAUGCAUUUCUCAGUAGUGGUGCUGCUGUAAAGCCCAAAAUAUAUACAAAAUACAGACUAAAGAACAGCGCACAUACAUGAAAAAAAGCACACAUUUGAGGACAAAGCUAUCUACUGUUGUAGACAUUCUGUGUUCCCUACAAUUGGACUGAACCAGUGUCUCUUUCACAUUCUUUAAAUAUUUUGUAUGGACUUUACUCUUUUUAUAGAGGAGAACAUGCAUAGUGGGGCCAAAGAUUUACCAUGGAAAGCGAGCAGAGAAUGUGAAACGGUAAGGAUGGGCAGUUCCUGCAGGUAUUUUCUUCAUAAUUUUGUAUGUAUCACUAAUUAUUUCAUCAUGUCUCACUAAAUCAGGAUGAAGAGAAGACCUUAAGAAUGAGUCAAUGGAAAAGCCUAGCACAUCAAACUGUGACCUAG